GGUGGAGGCUUCGUCGCGGCCGCUGCAAACUGCGCUCGGCAGGUCCCUCAGGCACCGACGGCCGCCCGUCCUCUUGGCCGGCUUUUCCGACCUGCCUGCUCGCCUGCCCCUCUCCGGCCAUGGCAGGUCCCGGCGUCGGCGUCGAUUCUCCCGGCUACAUCCGCACCGUCCUGGGCCAGGAGUUCCUGGGCGGGCUGGACAGCUCCACGCUGGCUUUGCCCCCGCAGCUGUCGGGCGGCCGGGCCGAGGCGCAGAAGUCGCUGCGCAUCCAGCGGCAGGUCCAGCAGACCCUGGCGAGGAAAAGCAGAGGCUCCAUGGUCAACGGUGAGUGGCCCUUUCCGGCCUCCCUCCAACUUUUUUUUUUUAAAUGAACAACCCCAAACUUUGGACGGUUUCUAUAGUCUCACCCCACCCGCAGAGUCCUUUAACUUCCCCCUCCCGCGGGGCAUGAUCUAGCCAAAGUUUUCAGAAAUUAAAUCUCAUGGGUGAGGGCUUGAGAACCGCGCUUUUCCCGUUGGAAAGCUGCCUUCGAGUCGGACCGUUGCUUCCGUCAAGCCUAGUAUUGUCGGCACUGACCGGCAGCGGCCCUCAAGGGUUUCCAGACGAGAAGCCGAGGAUCAUUGAACCCGCGACUUUCUCCAUGUAAAUGUUUUCCUUCGUCAGACUUUUUUUUUUUUUUUACUUAACUUUUGACUUUGUGGUGUGCAUGCGUUUGGCCAAGGCACAGUCUGACCUCCUCCUUUGGUAAUCCUCAUAGAACUUUAGCCCAAUGGUUGCCAUUAAUUUGAUUUUGAAUUGAUUUUAGAAUGUUGUGUUACUUUUAUUGUUGUUAGCGGCUUUGAGCCCGGUUUCGGCUGGGAAGGGCGGGAUAUAAAUAAAAUAUUAUUAUUAUGUAAACCUGUCUGGAUUGCAUUCUGUUGUGGAUAAUGGGGUGCGUGCCUUGGUGAAUAUUUAGGAUUGCAGCUGGCCAGGUACUUUCCGGGUAAUGAGGUCUUCCCACCGUUCCUUCUUUGGCACCUUUCUUCAGUUUGUUAUCUCCUUUGUCUCUCCUGCCCAAUCUUUCUUCUUUCAAAUACUUGUGGCUCUCCUCCCUCCCCCCCCCCUUAUCAGAAACUUGAGAAGGGGAGAGGGGUCUGUUUUGAUUUUCCUCCAGACGCUUUAAGAUUUAUAAUCUGCAUGGGUUUUUACUGUGUGGAGGAGUCGGUAAUUCAGAUGUUUCUCCCAUACCUGGUGGGGUGGGACUUAAUGUUGUAAAUAUUGUAAAAACCGUGAAUUAAUAGUUGGUGGCAGGUUUGUUUUUUAAAAAAACAUACCAUAUUUUCCCUGGAAAAGGUAAAUCUGGAUUAAAUGGGGCAGAGUGUUUCAAUGACAACCAUAUUGUGUAGAUGCUGCCCCCAUAUUUAUAAAUGGAGAAGAUUUAGAGAGGGGGAGAGAGGUGUUUUUCUCAGAGUAGACUCCCUGAAAUGAAUUAACCUGACCAAGUUAGGUCCAUUAAUUUCAGUGACUCUAUUCAAAGUAAAACUUGAAUACUACCCAGUGAUUUUUAAUGCAUUAAGUACAAUAAUAUGUAUUAAAUUGCUUAUAUUUCACACAGAAAGACUUGUGUUACAACAAAUUCUGUACCUGAACUCAAACAUUUUGUGGCUUAGGUGUGUCAUUCCAAUAUAAUAUGAAAGGGUUCCAGCCUAGAUCAUAAUGAAGUUGUUGGUAGUAUUCACAUUUCCUACCCUAUUAUGUGUAAUUGCAGUUAUUUCCUCCAUAAACAUAAUGCCCCAUGUUUUAUAGAGCUAGUAACAUAAGGAAGGUAGUUAGUUAUGUGCCAGCUUUGCAACAAUAAAAAUGCCCAAUAUGGUGGAUGCAGUGGGACAACAACAGUGAAAUCACAGUACGUAGAAUUGUUUCUUUAAAAACAACAACACACAGUUGUCAAUUUACAACAUUGCAAGAGUGGUGUGGUUGCUGCUGGCAUGUGAUUCAUUCCAUGCUGCUUCUUGACUUUAGGAUGUUGAGAUCAUGUGAGAAGAAACUGCAGCUGCUUUUUGCUUCUCUCUCAGUUUCCCAACCCUCCAAGAAGAGGCAACAUUGGUGUGAGAAGUAGUUGCAUCAUCAGCUCCUCCCAUGUGACCUCCAAGUUGAAUCAUUGCCAUAGCAUCCUGCAAAGUGACCACAGGGGAAUGGGACUGACACUCCAAUAGUGCAAGAGCUAGUCAUGUGGGACUGGGCUCUACAAAUAACCUGCUUUGCACAUGGUUGCUGUCUGUCCUGUUGUGGCUGUGCAAAUUAUUUCCGCUCAGUAAAUAAUCGUCUGUAUCUCUGUCCAGAGUUUUAUCUCUCAGUGGCGAAACUGCUGCCUUUUGUGCGUAACUCAUUCGGCACGUCUUAGUGUGAAAUAAUGUUGCCACAUUACCUCAUUCAUCAACCAGUGAGCUACAUGUUAUCUGCUCACUCACAUAAAAGUUCAUACAUUUGGCCUUUCCAUUUUAGGUCUUAUCUGUUUGGGCUGUGUUUGCAUGCAGCCCGUCUUGGCUUUCAUACAAUUUCCCCCCUGCCCUGCAGGGCUGGUGACUCAAGGCUGAAUGGUUCACCAGAUAGUCAGUCUGAAUUCUCAACCCAGUGUUUGACUCAUGUAUUUAUUACCCCUUGCCCUGAAGGCACCUUUCCUAAAUUGUCUGCCUUCAUCUGACUGCCUGUCCACACAUGGUAGGCAGUGUUAGAAACUCGGAUAUACGGUAUAUAAGCUAGGUGCCAAAUGGUUCCUUAAACCAGGGUUACAGUUGCCAAAACAAUGCCUAGUUGCCAGUAUGGGGCCAGGCAGCUCAAAAGUCGUAUUUUUCAAAACAACUUUUUGAUUCCUGAAAUACAUCCUGCUUGCGCAGAUAAAAUAUAACAGAUAGAAUUCUACAGGAUUUGUUGCUAGUGUGUGAAACAGUCAAGAUCCAAGGAACCCCCAGAUGGUGGAGAUGCCAGACACCAUCCUGGCACCUCAGCAUCUUCACUUGGUCACAAGUGGCUGAUAACCACGUGCAUAAUGCGCCUGGUGAACUUUGAGCACUGACUGUAGGCAUGUCAUUAGCAUUCUGCAUUUGGAUGGUGUAGGCCAAGGGUAGAGAAUGCAGUGUCCUGCAGAUGUAGUUCAGCUUUUGUCAGUCUCAGUUAGCAUGACCAUUGGUCAUGACUGAUGGGAGUUGUAGUCCCAACAAUAUCUGGAGUGCACUAUUCUAACACAGGUAUAUACUACUACAGGAAAUUGACAGGAUAAGAUCAGGUGGUCUUUGGCUAUUCUGAGCUUCUGGUACAUUGUGUUCUGGAUCAGUAGUGCCAAUGUUGUUCUGUGGGUGAAUGUGUGGUCCAGCCUCACAGCAGUCAACUAGGCCAGAUGUAGGAUGUCCUCAAUUCUCUCCUAGCUCUGCUGAACACAGAGUGAGAACAAUGUGAUGUAUUAGUUUGAGUGUCCAGGACUGGGGAGAUCCAAGUUGAAAUCCAUGCUCAGCUAUGAAGCUCACUGGGUGACUUGGCAUCACUCCUACACUCUCUCUUUCACACACACACACGCUUGGUCCACAUCAGAGGGUUGUUUUGAGAAUACAAUGUGGGGCAGAAGGAAAACUUGGGACUCCUCAGAAGAAAGGUGGCUAUCAAGUGAAAUAAACAAACAGGAAAAUUUAAGGGCCAGUUCCCACAUGAUUUAAUGAUCCACCCAAUGUUACUGGAAGCUGCACAUAGCUGUUAAAUGAAUCUUAUGUGUGGUUUUGAACUCCUCCUAUUCAGUGGGGAAGACUGAACCAAAUGCAUUUGCUUAAGAUCACAUGAGUGUAUCCCACUGACAUCUGACUUGUGUUUGGCUGGGAUAUGGGGGAUGCCAUGCCUAGACUGUGGAAUUCCCUUCUGAGGACUUCCAACAGCUCACACAAGUUUUCUCUCUUAGCAGGCAUUUCACUUGCCAACAGAAUAAAAACUCAGAAGUCAAGAGAGUUUGCCUGCUGUUUCCUGAUCUUUUAAAAAUCUUUUAAAAAUUCUAUUUCCUGAUAGAUUACUUACCUUGGAACCUAACUCCUCACUCCUUUCUUGGUGCAAAGAAGAUAGACAAACCAGGAAACCUUGGCUUUCCAUUCUGUCUGAACCUAGGAUCAUGGUUUGUUGCUCCAUAACAAGCCACAGUUAACCUGAAGCCAUGGUUUGUUGCUGCAUCGCCUAUCAUGACUGGUUGCAAAGCAACAAACCACAGUCCCACAUCCAGGUGUACUGGGAAGCCAAGGCUUCAUGGUUGGUUUAUCCUGUGUGCACCAGAGGAGGAGAGAAGCAGGAACAAUCGGGCAGCAUCCUGCUCAUUCCUGAGAAGCCAUAAAAACUUUGGGUCAUCCUGGGUGUGUAAUUUGUAAUUAUAAAAAGAAAACUGAGAGAGAAAAGCUUCUGGAUGUUGAACAAUGUCUCUGGUUUUACGGUAAAUGCCACCCAAUUGUUUACUCAGAGUGUAUCGAAAGAGCUCUGUAAAAUACUUCUUUAUCUGAAGCCAGCCAAUGAGGAGGGAAGGCAAGCUGGAACAAUGCCUAUGCAUGCAAAGCUACCAAAAUAUACCUACAAAGGGGAAAGCUCCAGAAACACUUAACUUUCCUACAAAGCAUUUGCACUUGACCAGCUGGGACAUUGUUAUGUUACUUGGAGUUGUUUUGUUGCUUUUGGCCAACUUUGUUUUUCCCCAAUAUGCUGGUAUUUGGGGCAUCUUGCAUUUUUGAAAUGUCAGGGAUUUUGAGAGUAUAAUGUUCAUAAACAAAAGCAUGAGAUGAAAAACGUGAGAGAGCUUGCGCACUCAUUAACGUAAGCUAGAUUUUCUACAUAGAAGAUUCUUCUGUGUAGGAAAGGAUAUUUAUUGGAUUUGAUGACUCUACAUGUGUUCGCUUUGUUGGGUGUAUGUCUGCUGGAAAGGCGCAGAGCUGUGGCUACAGAGUUAUACCCUGCCUGCAUGUUGGCGUGCAUGCACUUAUCAGAAGUGACAGUCUGCACAGCAGACCAUUUUAAGAAUUUCCCUACAUGGAAAUGGAUUGUCACUCAUUCAAAACAAAUAAGGACUUUGCACCUGACAAUUUCCUCCGCUGCAUUGCUUCCUAGGGCCAACUGUAUUCUGUACCUUUGAGCUUUAUUAUUUUCCGCAAGGUAGAGCAAGAAGAACAAAUUGGUCUUGUUUCUGCUUCAUGGUAAACUUAGACUUUAAUGAAUACAAGCAAAUACCUGUGUUUGUCGGUCAUUUAUAAAUACUUUGAGCACACGUCAUUGCAAUUUGGAUAUUAAUAGUAAUCAUAAGGACUAGUCAGUUCAGAGCCUAAUGACAUCAAUGGCUUCUCCAUUGAGUAAUCUCAGGGCCAUGGGUUCAAGCCCCAUGUUGUGGGGGGGGGGGAAUUCCUGCAUUGCAGGGGGUGGCCUAGAUGACACCCAUGGUCCUUUCCAACUCUACAAUUCUAUGAUUCCAUGAAAUAUAUCCUAAAUGAGGGAUUGCUCUGUAAAUAAAUUAUUGCAGUCAUGCUUAUCUUGGAAUACUUGGGGCAGGGCCCAAUUUUGCACUGUGGUUUCCCUUUUGCCCUCCCUCAGUUAGACCGUGCUCUGGGAACAUAAAACCAGCCGUUUAUUCACAAUUGCUGCAACGUUUGCCAAACAGUAAACAUCACUGAACAAAUAGGCGUGUACGCAACAGACUUACAUAUUUUGUGGGUAUCGUUCAGUUUCUUUCCUGCAAUACUGUGUAUCAGCAUAAGGGGAAUUAUCACCCUGAUUACAGAUUAGCCACAACCCCAGGGAGGGAGGAGCAGGGAAAUCUUUUCACUUUGAGGGCCACUUUCCUUUCUGCGCAGCCUUUUGAGGGCCAUAUGCCAGUGGUGGGCAGGGCCAAAGGCAAAAGUGGACGAAGCAACAGAUGUAAAAGUAACCUUUGUACAGGAGGCUUGUUUCUACACAUACUCUGACACACCCCUCUCUAUCCUCCGUUCAGACAAUCAACAGGCAUUAUCUAAGUUCAAGGAUAAAUUCCUGCCAGGCAAAAAUAUUUGCAGUGCAUAUUGGGACAAUGAGAGGUGUGGCCUUGGGAGUUUUGAGGGCCAGUGAGAGAGGCUUGGAGAUCUGCUUUUUGUCCCUGGAAUUGUGGUUUCCUACCCCUGAAGUAACAGUGUUUAUUUAGGACCACUCUGAAGGCAUCGAAAGGCUAUUGACAAACUCCAUUGUUUAUUUAUUUACUUCAGAUACUUUCAUUCUGGUAGGUUCCAAAAUGUGUUGCAUCUUAAUUCUUCAAUGUUAUGAGCUACACUUUCUCCUUGUGUGUGCAGCUUAGGGAUAGGCCUGCCAACUCUCCAGCUUUGAAGAAGAGACAUCUAGUGUUAAGGCUGUAAAGCCUCUCUUCCUUCUCGCAUUGAAAUCUAAUCUCCCUGCUUAGCCUUUGUUCUCCAUAAUUGCUUCUGCUUUGAACAAACCUGGAAGAGUUUUCUGGCACCUUAAAAUACCUAAAUCAUUUAUUGUGGCAUACGCAUUCAUAGAGUAGAGCCCACCAACUGGUUAAGCGUACUCUAGUCAACAAAAUAGUAUAUCUUAAUAUAUCAUAGAAUCAUAGUUAGAAGGGACUCUGAGGGUCAUCUAGUCCAACCCCCUGCAAUGUAGGAAUCCUAAUAAUUCUGUUACUCUUAAAGUGCAUCCACAAGAUUCUCUUCCACAUUUGCAGACAGGCAUGGAGCUAUUUCUCUGAAACCGGUCCGCCAGCCUUCUAGGAAACCUUAAAAAUGAUGUUCCUGGCAAUUAAAGAAAGUUGCCCAAGAGCUCAGCUAGCCUGAUAGAAUUGCCAGAGCCUGCAAGCUAACCAAAAUGAACUUUGUGUAACCCAAUUGCUAGAUCAGAGCAGAGCCCUUACAAGCCCAGUUUGCUAAUUAAAUGAGAUAAAGCUGCUGAAGGAAAGCCACUAAAUCUAUCUCUAGACAGACAUGGUAUUCAUGUAUUUCUGGAAGGGAAAAAAAUUAGCAGGAGAUGCCUAAAUUAGAUUAGUUACAUACCGAAUAGAAUAAUAAGGAAUUGUGUUAAUGUUUAAAACUCUGCUUUAAGGGUUCUGAUGCUAUGUUUAUCUGUAAAGCAGGGUAAAUGUAACACAUCUUGAUUUUAAGGCUGAAGUCUUAUUUGAAUGUUACUGAAAUUUGUUUAUUUUUUAAACAAAAUUUAUACACUACUAGUUUGUAAUAAAACCUUUAGGUGUUUUACAAAAAACAAAGCAAUUGUCCAGUAGCACCUUAGAGACCAACUAAGUUUGUUCAUGGUAUGAGCUUGUGUGCAUGCACACUUCUUCAGAUACACUGAAACAGAAGUCACCAGACCUUUAUAUAUAAUAAUAAUAAUAAUAAUAAUAAUAAUAAUAAUUAAUAAUAAUAAUGGAGGGGUAUUACUCAGAAGGGUGGUGGGAAUGGGUGAUUGGCUGAUAGGUGUGGUAAACCUGUUGACGACUGUUAACGACUGCAAUUGGUCUUACAGGAAAAAGCAAGGGAUGAGAUGGCCAAAAAUAGCUUUAUCAUGUAUAAUGAGAUAAGAAAGCUCAUACCAAGAACAAACUUAGUUGGUCUCUAAGGAGCUACUGGACAAUUUUUUAAUUUUAUACAUAUAUGUAUAUUUCUACUGCGUCAGACCAACACAGCUACCUACCUGAACAAAAAACAAAGCAUUCAGAUUAUCAAUACAAGACUGUUAAAAACAGGUAUUAAAGACAUUCAAAAGAUAAUCAACACAGGCUUUCGAAAAUCUGCAUGGGUUUUUGAAAACAAAAAAAAUCUGCAUAGGGCUUUCAAAAACAAAAAUGGUUUAAGCGUUCCUGACCCACAAUAUGCUUUUUGCAUAUUGCUGGCAAGAUGCCCAACAUCCUGUUAAUUUGGGGACCAGGAGGCUGUGUGAAGGAGCUGUAUAAGAUAAGGGUCCCUGGGGAGGAAACAGAACAUAUUGCAGACACUGCAGGAUCCCUGCGAAUGUGUUGCUGGGCUAUCCAGCAUCAGUUGUGAAGUGAAUCUUUGCACAGCCAGUGUUGCAAAUGCAUUGGUUCCCUAUCCCCACGCAAGUGAAUGGCAACCAUUCACUCAUUCGAGAGACAGAUGUGAGCCAAUCUACCUUGUCUCCGCUAGCAAUUCCUGUAACCCCAAGCCUUUGAGAACCAUGCCUGCUUUAAUCUACACUGGAACGGGAUGGAUGUUGGUAACUGGCUUCUGGAUGUAAAGGACCUGCAACAAAACGUUGCAGUGUGUUCUCCUUCCUAACAGGAUGCUUUCUGUUCAGGCUUGCGGCCAGCAAUUCCCUCCGAACAGGGCAUUCAGCUCCUCCCAUUGGACUCCUCUCGCCUCCUCUCCCAAUGCUUGAAUAUCUGCAGGGAGGAUUCUAAUGGUAUUCUGCUGAACAGGGUUAGAGUCUCCAGACUUUCAUGCUCAAUGUAUAAAGGUUGGGACAGGAAGGGGUGGGGCUGAUUUGUGCAAAAGCAGCACCUGAACACAUACACACCCUUACCUGAUUUGAGCCGCACAAAGAAGGCUUGUCUGUCUUUUCCAACUGACUCGGCAUUCCGUGGUGACUGAGUGUCCUCUGUACUCAUUUGGUUAUUGGGCUGGUUGUCUGUAAAAAGCGUUAUUGUGUCUCUGCAAACAUCAGCGUUCAUCUGAGCAUGCUGAUAAUCCUCCUUUCUCAGUGGCCCUGUUUUAGAUCCACUUCUGUCAGCACGCACCACCUGAGUUCAGUAUUAGAUGUGAAUCCCACCCUGCCCAGGUGGAAGAACAGCAUCCAUUUUUUAAUCCACAUUCUUACAACUUUCCUGUGAGUUAGCUGCAAAGCCAGCCCAUCUAUUAGACCAGGGACGUCCAGCUCUCAAGAGACUGCAAUCUACUCACAGAAUAAAAAACUGGCAGUGAUCUACCCCUUUUGGGGGUGGGGUUCAGGACAAAGCUGUUGGCCUUUUUUUAGAGGGGCAGGUCUUUAGGGGAAAAGGUAAAAGUCACUCACCAAAAAAUUGCUCAGGAAACAAUCAGCCUUUGGCAGAGCUGGCGAGCAAAUACAGUGGUACCUCGGGUUACAUACGCUUCAGGUUACAGACUCCGCUAACCCAGAAAUAUUACCUCAGGUUAAGAACUUUGCUUCAGGAUGAGAAUAGAAAUUGUGCUCCGGCAGCGUGGCAGCAGCAGGAGGCCCCAUUAGCUAAAGUGGUGCUUCAGGUUAAGAACAGUUUCAGGUUAAGAACGGACCUCCGGAACAAAUUAAGUACUUAACCCGAGGUACCACUGUGCUUUAUGCAACAGAAAAUUUAAUAAAUAAUAAUAUUGGGGGUGGUAUUGUCUGUUUGUUAUUAUGGUAUGUAUUUUUGUUUUUUUAUAUUGUAAGCUGCCCUGUGAUCUUUGGAUAAAGGGCAGUACAGAAAUUUAAUAAAUAAUAGUAAUAGCCAAAAACAAAAAAAACAAAAAAGGAAACAAUCAGCCUCACAGCAAAAAACUCCAUCUUUCGUUCUAGCGAUCAUGUGUGAAUGGAGGACAGGGCGAGGGGCCGGGGCCGGGUGUUCUUUUUUCCCCCACAAAGGAAAAAUGUGGGCACUUAGAGAGCCCACAAUCGACUGUAACCUCCCAGGGAUCAACCAGUCGAUCACGGUCGACCAGUUGGAAAUCCCUGUAUUAAACAAAUGGGUUGAGUAUGAGUUAUAUGCAGGCUGUGUGUGUGUGUGUGUGUGUGAUUGAUUUGUUUUUAUUACAUAUUUUGUGUUCUUGUUUUUUAUGCUGUGAACCACCUGUGAUCUUCAGAUGAAGGGUGGUAUGCAAAUUUAAUAAAUAAAAAUAAUAAGCAGUCAGAGACACAUGGACACACCUAGGAAGAUUUCCAGAAAGGAUUGGGAAUUUUUCUGGCUUAUCUCCCCCCACCCUCGAGGGCCACCUUUGGCAGGUGGGUGGGACAACACUUUACAAAGCACCUAUAUAAACUACCAUUGUAUUGUCAGACGAUGGCAGGUGAUUGACAGGUGGGAUGUCCCAUCCAUCUGUCAAAGUCCCUUGUACAGCACUUGCCAAGCAUCUAUAACAGCCGGUUGAACCGACAACCAGUUGAACCACAGUGCAAGGGGCUUUGCCAGCCUUUGCUUAACACUUGGGGAAAUGCUGAGUGAAAGACUUACUGUGGUUCCUGGCUUUCAUGUGUUUAGGAGCCCCCAUACAUAGUACUUUGCAAGCCAGCAAAAAGCAGGAUUUCUUCCUUCUGCCUGUCAGCUGACAGUGGGACAUACAAUGUCAGGUGUGGGGCAGGUAGCCAUCAUUUGAGUAAAACGGCCUCGUGGGUUAGCACAGUUGGGUAGAGCAUGGUGCUGAUAAUGCCAAGGUCACAGGUUUGAUCCCUGUAUGGGUCUAGAUGGCUAGAUGAUCCAUGGGGUCCCUUCCAACUCUAUGAUUCUAUCAUUUGGCCAGAUUUGGCCCAAAGGCUGGUGAUUCCCCACCUGUGGUUUUAUAGUGCCAUCAAUGGAACUGCUCCACUGGAGUGGAUAUCUGUGAAGUUGGUUUACAGUACCAUCCUAGCUGAACGUUGCUUCUGAGGGCACAGCUCUGAUUUAGUCCCAUUAGAGACAGGGCAGUGGUUGAUUUAUCGCCCUGAUUAAGAUGGCAAAUGCUUUAAGCCCUAAUCUGUAGAAACUUAAAUUGAAAUCUCGGUUAACAACUGAUCAUCCACAAAACCGUUCCUUGAGGAUUAUCACUUUCUAAUCUGAUGCUGGAAGUUGCACGAAUGCCAUCACAGCAAACGUGCAGUAUCUGUGUCAGUGGUGGAUAUGGACAAGCAUCUUCUGUUUGCUGAUCUUUGGCUAUAUGUGAAACAGGCAAGCUAUAAAUUGUUUCAUUUUCCGUGUGAUAUUUUUCCCAUCUCAAUAUCAUUUGCAUCUUUACUCUAACUGAUCUUGCACCUUCUACCUCUGCUCUGUUUGCAUGACAUGUUUAGUCUGUUGUUUAGAAGCCAACCCUGAGGCCAGGGCCUGUGUAUUCUGAAUCGAAAUCAAAAUAACACUUUAUAGAGCACCUAUAUAAACUUUCAUAGGAUUUGCCUGAUCUUCUAUGGUGUGAUGCACAAGGCAUGGGGUCAGUUGAAAAGACAGCACUGCAGUAUACAAAACUGGGAAGGGCAGAGGUGUUCUGUGCAGUGCCUAGUAGCAAUCGGAGUGGACCGAGAGGAGUAGGACAAAGGAACAGCAACCCAGGUCACAAACUUCUGUCAACAGGGCUGACUUAUCCCAUCACAUCAGUUCACUGUGGAAGCUACCAAGCACUUCAAAACCACAAGCACUGAGUUUCAGUGCUUAUACACACCAUCCCCUAAGGAGCCAGCUAGGAUUGGCUUGCGACCGAGGAGAUGGAGCCCAGUUUGUACACUAAAAGUACCACCACUCUUUGCCUGAACAGGGGGCUAACAGCUGGUACUGUCAUUGGACCAACUGACUGCACAGGUUAUUAUAAGCUUCUGCAUUAGGUGCAGGUAGCAGGACCUACAACAUACGAACCAGACACUCCUCAUCAGUUACAACCGGUCCAUCCAUCAGCUCUCCUCAUCUAGCUGUGGGUGGUAGCUAGUGGCUGUGUUUUCAACAUGCAUUGCCUGUGCUUUCCAUAGGAAUGUAUAAACCAGCCUGGUGCCCUCCAGAUAUUUUGAUCUACCACAAUUCCCAUCAGCCCCAGCCAGGACAUAAGAGUUGUGGUCCAAACCUUCUGGAGGGCGCCAGGAUGGAGUGUUACACUAAAAGAUGUUUCUCUAGCCUUUUCUCUGAAAAUAUCCAAUGAGGAAAAUCCCAGUGUUCUUGGCUAGGUCUCCUCUUAAGGUUUUGACCAAGUAACCUCUUUCACCACUUUUUAAAACCUGCUGCCAUCUAGAGUAAUCGCUCCCAGCUUUUCUGACCUCAAAAGAGUCCCGCAGCCCCAUCAUUGCAUAGGCAAAUAAUCCAUUUUAAUCAGCAGACUUGAUUUGCUGGGGGACCGUAUGUUGAGAGAUACAGCCUGGGAGAAUUUUUCGUUUAAAAUUAGGACAGAAACCAGAUUGUGGCUGAGGAGACAGAGCAACAGUUCACAUAGCAUGACCUCCUCAGAUCCUGUGCUCUCUGCCUCUCCCAUUUUCAAUAGAACUACUUAACCUUCCAGGUAUGGAUGUGAGAGUUUCAUUAACUCUCCAUUCUGCGCUGCACACCAUGUGCCAUAUGUCUCCUCUCUGGUUGCCCUUAAAGUAAUGUGAGGAUAGGGAUUAGAACAGUAUUGCUUGCUGUGGUUUGUAACUGAGUGAUUAAAGAAAUGUCAAAGCAGGGAGGAAUGAAAAGAAGCACAGCGGUUUAUGGACGCACCCACAGCAUGAAAAUGUGUAAUUGUCAUCUUGCAUGAACAGUUUCCUCAAUUUAAGAUCACCUAUGGCAAGGAUAGACUUGCAAACUGUUAUGCACUUCUAAGCUAUUGUUGGUAUUGCUGCUCUUAUUAAUACUGACCUCACUAAUGUAACACAUUUAUUUAUUUAUUUAUUUAUUUAUUUAUUUAUUUUAUUUUAUUUUAUUUUAUUUUAUUUUAUUCAUAUUCCUUCCAUCAUGGAAGCCAUCAUGAGUCGCCCAUCCAAACCACUAACCAGUAAAAGGCGAAAGAUUUAUACGAUCUGAAGAGAAACCAGAGUAUCCAAACCACUAACCAGACCCAGAGUUGCUGAGCUUCAGCCAGGUAGUUGGCUCAGCAUUUUGACCCUCUUAAAAUUAUCCAUCCUUCUUAUGCAAAAUUUGCAGGGUUCUCUUGAGCAUGUUGAUGCGCCUCUCUUAAUUUUCAGUGAGUCCUACUUUGACGGUAAAGCCAUCGUAACUCAGCACCUGAGUUCACUAUUAAUGUGCACAAUGUGCUGUGAACGUAUUUCUCGUGUCUUUGUACAGGGAGUCUGCAUCGGACUGCCAGCGUUCCAGAAUAUGUGUUCAUAGCAGAUGAAACAGACUUUGCUUCAAGACCUCCUCAUGGAACUUCAUACUAUCCAUCUUAUCAGGUAAGGAACACUGAAGGAAUAUGCACACACACAGUGGAUGUAUAAAUGAAUUCAGAUGCCUGUCCUCCUUGCUUUGCUGUGAUGGAUAAUGGCUGGAUCAUAGUCAGGUUCAUCCAUUUUAUACUCUUGAGAAUGCCUGCUGAGUUUUCCUCUCAUGCUUGAAGGCCACCCAUAUCUUAAGCGUUGCUAUAAUUCCACAAACAAAAGUAAUCUCCUAAAUAGAAGAUUUGCUGAGGAAAAUUGGCUUAGUCACCCAGUUCCAUUGUGUGACAAAUGGGCUCCAUUUUAUGUUAUCGAUAAUGUGAUAAUCGAAGGACGGAAAGAGAGAUUGUUGCUACAAAAGCGAUGUGUUUGAGGUUGAGGAAGGAAUGGUGCAUUUAGUUUUACAAAGCAGGAUCAGAAAUGUUUAAGGGAGCUAACUAUUCUUGCUUACAAUAUUAGAUUCCAGGAAGGAAACUAAUCCUUAUUUCAGACGCUAGAGCUUUUGAUUGUACAUGAGCCAAGAGGAAUUCUGCCUUUGUUUAUAUUUGUCAGACAGGUUGCGGACCCUGUGUAGACUAAAUCGUCUUGUGUGGCUUAACUUAAGUACAUCUCCCAGCUUUUAAUUACAGUGUCUGAAUUUAUCUAAUUACUUGUUUUCUCCAUUAUCAAUAGCCUCCUUUGCACCUGCAUCAGAGUUCUCUGUGUUUUCAGUCUUUGAUUCUGUUGUAGUUGCAUGUAGUUUUCUUGCUAAAUUACAAAAAAAAGUAACUGCUCUGGAAAGGAGGUGGAAUGGGAAAGUCAUGCAAGCCUUUGAGGAAAUACCGAAGUUUUUAUAUGUUAUAUAGGGCAAUGAAAAUGCUUUGGAAACUGCACAACUGUAACUUAACCUCCUGUGAAGGACUCUCAUUGCUAAUAACAUCCAAGACAUCUACGGGACAGAUGGGACAUUUAUCCCAGAAACUCAAAGAAUAAUGAACAGCUAAGUGCUAGGAAAGAAGGAGCGGGAAAUUAUGCUAGCCAGGGUGAUGAAAUAGGUAGAGCAUUCUACUUCAGAUCCCCACUCAUUCAAGAAAAUCACUGGGUAAUCUUGGGGCCAACCACUAUCUCUUAGCCUAACCUGCCUCACAGGCUUAUCAUGAUGGUAAAAUGCAGCUUCCCUGAGCUUCCUGGAGGAAUUGGCAGCUGUAAAUGUAAUAAAUGCAAAAGGCUCAGGACAUACUUCCUCACAAAGUGCAUACAGACUCAGUUUCCAGAAGACGUGGCGAUGGCCACAUUUUUCCAUGGGAUCAUAUACCAAAGGAAUUUCCCCCCAGAAAACAUUCCACCCCAUAUCAUGCCUUAUCGUGAUGUUCUUUUUGUUGACUGUAUUGUCCCUUUUGUGUGUGUUUAACAGAUAGGAUCACAAAGCAGUUAUGAAAAUGGCUGGGAGCCUAGAAUCCUUUCCUAUAGCUCCUACAGGGGCAUGGAAGAGACAUCUCAAAGGCAGCCCUUGAAGAGAUUAGAGGUAUCCCCCAAUGGCAGCCCUGGCAAACUGGCACACUACCCAAACGACUUCCAUUACCACAGGGCUCUAACUGUGAGGCAUGGCGAAAGCAAGAGAUCCGGUGCCGUGCCUCCAAGGUACGCUCGCUCUGAAAUCCUUGGCUACGGAGGCCAGAAUGCUGCAAGCAGAAGGUAUGCUGUGCAGAGGCAGUUCUACAUUGGGUCCGGUAACGACACGGAGGUUGACAGCGUCCCAAACAGCCCACGGGUACCAGUCUAUCAGCGUAUUGGGACCAGUCGGAGCAUGAACAACCUUUUGGAGAAAGAGAGUUACCCGACUUCUGGGUAUGCCACGGGACAAGUCAGGACUCCUGUCGCUUCCCAAAAUUGGUCUCAGAACAGGCAGUCUCAGAACAGGUUCAGCUGGCACCAGACGACAGUCAGGUCGCAGAGCACAAGGGAGGCCUCUCAACCAGCUUCCAUCACCAGCACCACUGCCGAGACAGGGAGGAGGAUGGCAAUGACAGCAGCUAUGGCAGCUGCAGCAGGAAGUGGACACAUGAUUCAAGAACGGGCCGGCGCCGUUGGAUCUCAAGCAGGGUAAGGUUUAACUCCACCCUUUUUUAGACACACCAGGCACCAGUGCUUUACAUCUUGAUCUUAUCUAGUUUUCAUGAACAGUGCACCCAGUUCAUGGGACUUUGCAAAUCCGGCAAAGAUCCUGACAAGGCUUAGCAAUGUAAGAAAGCGUCUGGCUUAUCUUGUCUCUGUGCAUACUCAGCAAAUAGGCACUCAUGGAGCUUAUUUUAUUUUAACCUUCCCAUGUUGACAUAGAGCUUACUGCACAUGUAUCUUACAUAACAUAGGCUGCAGUCCACUGCACAUUUCCCUCCCAUUGAAUUAAAUGGGGCUUCUGAGCAGACAUGCUCAGGAUUGUGUUGUUGGAAUAAACUAUCUUCCAAAGGCAGCAGAUCAUUUUUAUUUCCACUGCUGUGUAUUGGUUUCAUAAUAAUAUCUUGCUUUACUCAUUGCUGGAAUUCCUACUCCAGUCUACUGAGUCAUAAGAACAUGAUUUUCUAUACUCGGAAAUUAACUUUGCAGCUGUUAAGGUAUACAAUGUCAGGAGGACAGAAAGGGUUUGUUCAAGAUGUCAGGUCAGAACAAGAACUGAACUUCUGGUUAGGAUAACAGCUGGAUUGAACAGAACAGCUGAAAUUCCCCAGGUGGCUUGUGAUGUUUGCUGUCGAUUCCAGGUUGGCUCAGUAGUGCAGAUAUAAGCAGCUGACAUUUUGAUUUCAUCAUCACUUGAGAAGUGUAGGAGAAAAUGGAUAGAGCUCAAAACACAUUGCUUGAAACCGGCAUUGAAUGGGGCAGGGCAUAAUGAGUUGACUAUCCAGUUAGAACCAUUUAAACAUUUUCAGUCAAUUAAAUUUAAUCUGGUUGCUCUUUUCUAAUGUUUAAUAUUACUUAAUUUAAGGCUAUUUUGGGGGGGGUUUUAAGUACAUGCAAAAAUGUGGGUAAAGACUACUCCCUCUUAAGAGUCACGUGUUGGCUUCUCUGUCAUGCUAGUUUGAUGCAUUAACACAACAGGCUACCUGGGGCUGUAGUCCAACAUCUAAGGUAGAACCUUGGAAAGGAGGAAUCCUGUUGUGUACAGUGAUGUACAACAGUAGCGGCAAUUUAUUUAUUUGCAACUGUACUGCAAGUGACAUCUGAAGCAUGUGAUGGUGCCACUCUUACCUAUUACAUUCUACAUAGUGUACUGAGAUCUAGCAGGGCUAGCCCAACUGUUGGGUAAAGUGAGUCAGCCGUCUCAGGCAGCUGAUUCUUAGCAUCAUAAAAGGACAGCCAAACAUUGGCUAUUUAAUUUAUUGUUGUUGCUAUUGAGAAAGGAGAGGUGCUUGCCUGCUCCCAGAGCUACCAUACCCAGAGCAGCUUAAUCUCUCUUCCUAAGGACCUCUGUGAAGAGAGUUCUCCUAACAAGUCUCAGCACCUUUAGCCAACUACAGCUCCCAGAAUUCUUUGGGGGAAGCCACGACUGUUUAAAAUGGGCUCAUAGUUCUUUAGAUGUAGGGUGUGGGUGUGUGCCUUACUUUAAUUUGUGCUUUUCCUGGUAUUUUAUACCCACUGUUUACUUUUCCCUCCUCUGUACCCAUCUCUUUACUUACCUCUGCCAACUGCGGUAAGUUCAUGUAUUUCACAAAACAGGAUAUGGCCCAUAAAAGCUUAUACCACAGAAAGUAUGUUAAUCCAGCCUUCCCCAACCUAGUGCUCUUCAGCAGUUGUUGGGCCACAACGCCCAUCAGUCCCAGCCAGCAUGGCCAGCAGACACCAUAGGCCAGGCUUCCUCAAACUCGGCCCUCCAGAUGUUUUGAGACUACACUUCCCAUCAUCUGUGACCACUGGUCCUGCUAGCUAGGGAUCAUGGGAGUUGUAGGCCAAAAAACAUCUGGAGGGCCGAGUUUGAGGAAGCCUGCCAUAGGCAAUGGGUGUUGUAGUCUAGCAACAUCUGGAGGGCACCAGAUCUAUUACUUAUUUACAGUGUUGUUUUUAAUCAGGCUUGUUGCUUGACAUUCGCAACCUGCUAAAGAACAUCCGUUAGUUCCACUGGUGCUCAUUUUGCAGUCUGGGCUUACAAAGUGUUAAUGUUUAAAUCACCCAGGAAUCCAGAAGGAGAGAUGACUCUGGAGCGUGCGGUAAAUAUAUUGCAGACUGAAAAUGCUUCGUCCCCUCGAGUCCUUCCAGCAGUUGUCUUCAUACAGCAUGAGAGUUUCCAGAGAGCAGAAGCCAGGAGGAAAGUGAGUAAACCAUUUUCUUACUUAAUGUGGCUCUUUACAGAGGCUACUCUUCCACACAGAGUAUUGCAUCUGGAGCUGGCAUGGGAGAAUAAUGGAGCUAAGAGAUACUAGGGUUGGAAGGACCUUCUGGAUGAAAUUCUCUUUGGAUAUUAUUGCAUUUACCCCUGGAUGAACCCCCUCCAUGUGCUUAAUAUGCAGAGGGGAAGAUGGGAUCAGACUGGAGACAAACAAAUCUACCUUUCAGCUUGAAAUCCAAUUUUAUCUAGACUCCAAAUCUUGGAGGAAAGGCUACAUAUUGUUACUUGAAGUUGCCGUAAAUAAAAUAUUUUUUGGAAUCUGUAACUUUUUAAAAAUCCUUUGGCAGCAGUACUUAGGUGAGGCGGAGAAAGAAUAAUCCAGUUGACAUUUUCUUUACUUUUACUGUUAAGGCCUCGGUGCUCUCUUAUUUCAAAUAUGCUUUUCAAUAUUGCAUGUGACUGACUGAGUAUAUGAGUAUCUGAGAGAGGUCCAGAGCUCAAAGUGGGCAGGGAUGCCAUCCCAUUGCUUUUCAGUGGAUGUAAGAACAUAAAAAGAGCCUGCUGGAUCAGGCCAAUGGCCAAUCUAGUCCAACAUCCUGUUCUCACGGUGGCCAACGAUAUGCUUAUAGGAAGCCUUCAAUCAGGACUUGCACCAGGGCCCGCUCCCUUCCUGUGGUUCCCAGCAUCUGGUAUUCAGAAGCAUACUGCCUCUGACCAUCCUGGGAUGCUACAGAAAGCGAGAUUACACUAGUGUCACAAAAGUCUCUUAACCUAGGCCCACAGUUGUUUCUGGACUUGGGGGGAAGCAAAUACUGCAGCAACAGGCACUUGCCCCAACCUUGCUGGGAAUUAGGCCUUGGACUGGAAAAAGAAGCUCUCUACUGCAGUACCACUCAGUGGCGUAGCGUGGGGGGUGCAGGGGGGGCCGGCCGCACCGGGCGCAACAUCUGGGGGUUAGGGUUAGGGGGCGCAAAUCCACGGGUUAGGGGGCGCAAAUUACUUGCCUUGCCCCGGGUGCUGACAACCCACGCUACGCCACUGGUACCACUGCAGCUCCACUGUUUCUGAGUUUUAACAAACAAAGCUCACACAAUGAUGCAGAUGGUCUUUAACUUCACAUGUCUUUUAAGUGCUCUGAAUGACUAGCUUAUUGGCCAACAAACCUUGGUGCCUCCCAAAGAGGGUGGCCAAAAAUAAAGGCUAUAAGUUUGCAUAAAAUUUAUUUGUGCGCUAACUUUUCAGUAUAGAUGGAGAUUUUGAAAGAAUGGGAUGUGUCCAGUGCUGGCCAUACACUUGAGUAGUCCCAUUGAAAUUUAUAGACAUGACAAAUGGGUUCAUAAAUUUACAUGGGUCUAAUUCUGAGUAGAACACAACCCGCUUACUGUAACAUAGCCUAUCUCACCACAGAAUGGAAGUUUGUAGGGAAGUCUGUGUGCCUGCCCAGUCUACUGCACUGGGCUGCCUAUUGAUGUGUAACUUCCAAGCCUGCCCUCCCUUUAAACUGGACUUGGACUAGUGAGCCUUGCAGAUAGAGGAUGUACAGGAUGAAGCAUGGUCACCCUUUUCCCAAAUGGAGGUUCAUAAUUUUUUGAAACCAUCAAUUAAAUCAAGCUUGAGCCCAUCAUAGCACCAGAUAUCAGCAUCUUGCUCAGUAUGGGUGUUAGUCCCUAUGAACAAGAAUAGGGUUCUCCAAACAUUGUGGACACAUUUGGAAAUCUAAGAAACUGCCAUGGGCACAACAAAAUACCCAUUUUACUGGGGGAGGGGACUUGUGGUACAUCCCCCCCUAGGCAAAGCACCAACACACACAACAAAACAAAUUAACUGCAGGCAAAAAAGCAGUCAAUAUCCCUACCAAAGAAGCAGACCACACAAACAACAACAAAAUCCGGUUUUUAAAAAAUGAAAGUGGCCUUGGUGAGCAUCAAGGGUAGCAUCGGAGGGUGCCAUGGUGCCCACAGACACCAUGUUGGAUGCUCCAGAGAAGAGUCCUGUAGACCUGCUUCAUGAACUGGGUAUCUGAGGGGGAAAGGUUCUUGGUGUGUGCAAAGGCAUGACUCUUUCUCAAUCUGUAUGCCUAACAAGUCUCCAGCCAUAAAAGGAAGAGAGGACCCGGUGUUCCUUUACCAAAGAACAUGUCCUCACCCCAGGGGUUUAGACUGGACAAUCUUUGAGACACCUCCAUCCUCCACAAUUCAGUGUCCGUUCCAAGUCUAUAUUUAAUAUAGCAGUAGCUGUGAAAGCGUGUUGUGAAGCUGUUUACAUAACGGCUCAAAAACUAUUCAGACAACAGUAUCUAAUCUCUGUGGUCCAUAACAGAGCAAGAGGAAUAGACCAAACAGGAAGGGAGGAGGAGUAGCAUCGUAUAUAAAAGAUGUGUACACUUGUGAAGAAAUCCAUGAACUGGAGCAUGAAAAGCAGAUUGAGAGUAUAUGGAUAAAAAUUAUCAUUGAGAAUUCUUGGAGAACAGGUGAGGUCCCUACAGACUGGAGGCAAGCAAAUGUUGCCCCCAUCUUCAAAAAGGGAGGAAAGGAAGACCCAGGUAACUACGAACCAGUGAACUUGACAUCGAUACCAGGGAAGCUCCUAGAAGAGAUAAUUCAACAGUCAGUCUGUGAGCAUUUAGAAAAGAAUACUGUGAUUACUAAGACCCAGCAUGGGUUUCUCAAAAAUAAGUCACGCCAGACCAAUCUGAUUUCUUUUUUUUAAUGGAAUUACAAACUUGGUGGAUUAGGGAAAUGUUGUGGACGUUGUGUAUCUUGAUUUCAGUAAGGCUUUUGGUGAAGUCCCCCAUGAUAUUCUCAUGAGGAAGCUGGUAAAAUGUGGGUUGAACGAGGUAACUGUUAGGUGGAUUGGUAGCUGGUUGACUGACCAAACCCAAAGAGUACUCAUUAAUGGUUCCUCAUCGUCCUGGAAAAAAGUAACAAGUGGGAUGUUGCAAGGUUCUGUCCUGGGUCCAUUGUUGUUCAGCGCCUUUAUAAAUGACUUGGAUGAAGGAAUUGAGGGGAUGCUCAUCAAAUUUGCAGAUGACACCAAACUGGGAGGGGUAGCUAAUGCCACAAAAGACAGAAUCAGAAUUCAAAAUGACCUUAACAGAUUGGAGAACUGGGCACAAGCCAACAAAAUUAUUUUCAAUUGGGACAAACAUAAGGUUCUGCAUUUAGGCAGAAAGAACCAGAUGCACAAAUGUGGGAUGGGGAGCACCUGGCUUACUAGCAGUACUUGUGAAAAGGAUCUAGGGGUCUCAAUGGACCACAAGCUUAACAUGAGUCUGCAGUGUGAUGCAGCAGCAAAAAAAACUAAUACUAUUCUAGACAGCAUCAACAGAAGUAUAGUGUCUGGAUCAAGGGAAGUAAUAGUCCCACUCUAUUCUGCCUUGGUCAGACCACACUUGGAAUACUGUGUCCAAUUCUGGGCACCACAAUUUAAGAAGGAUGUUGACAAGCUGGAACAUGUAGAGAAGAGGGCAAGCAAGGUGAUCAAGGAUCUGGAAACCAAGCAUUAUGAGGAGUCCUUGAAGGAGCUGGGUAUGUUUAUCCUGGAGAAAAGGAGACUGGGAGGAGAUAGAAGAGCCAUCUUCAAAUACAGAAGAUGGAACAAGCUUGUUUUCUCCUGGUCUGGAGGGUAGGACUCAAACCAAUGACUUCAAGUUGCAAGAAUGAAGAUUCUGACUAAACAUGCGGAAAAACUUUCUGACAGCAGGAGCUGUUCAGCAGUGGAACAGACUCCCACGAGAUGUGGUGGACUCUCCUUCCUUGGAGGUUUUAAAACAGAGGUUGGAUGGCCAUCUGUCAUGGAUGCUUUAGGGUUAGGCACUGCAGAGGUUGGAUGGCCAUCUGUCAUGGAUGUUUUAGGGUUAGGCACUGCAGGGGGUUGGACUAGAUGACCCUCAGGGUCCCUUCCAACUCUAAGAUUCUACAAAGAGCCGCUGAUUUAUAGCAAGUUGUCAAGCAUUCCCAGGGUGAGCUCUCCAAGACAAAGUAUUGUCACUUUAUCAGUGCUUUUCCUGGGAACCCUUUGUCCUAAUCUGGGAGGGAAAAGAUAGCUCUGUGCAGACCAUUUACUCUUGCCUACUUCUCAGCAAAAGUCUAGUUUACCCAGCAUAUUUUUUUCCUCAUGCACUGAAGUUCACAUAAGUCUUCUGCAGCUAUAUCUAUUGCUGGCAAAACUAUUUUUAACAGCCGUAAUUGCCUUUGACUUUCAUGACUAGAGGUGGCAAGUCAGCUAUUGAUGUGGUCCAUCUAAACUUUGUGAAUCAAUCAUAUUGCACCAAUUAAAGAACAAUGCUAUAGACACUUCAGCAUUUCACAUGGAACCAUGAUAGAAUAAAAUAGGCAUUGGUUUCUUGUUUCAAGUGUAGCCAGUUACUGACUGCAGCUCCUGUUUGGCCAUGCUGGCUGGGACUGGAGAAUGUUAGGAGUUCAUGAACACAUGGAGAGCACCAUGCGGCUACUCCUGUUCUGUUUUACUGAAUUUAUCUUCAUAAUUGAAGUCAGUCGCAUAAUUGAACCCUUUCAAAUGCAAUUCCCCAUCACUUCCUAACCACAGAAAGUCUGUGUUUGUAUUUCUAAAUAGAUUUCUUGCACCGGAGUGUUUAAAUUGACUAACUGUGCAAACCUCCAGUUUUGGUAUGAGGAGGUUUACACGGUUUAGUCAGUUUAAACACUCUGGUGCAACAGACCCUCUAGUUCUGGUCUGUGAAGGAAUCCCUCCCACAAAAGACUGUAAUAGUCUAGAAGCAAACAGUCUUGUCUGCAACUCAUUCCACCAAAAAUAAGGGUAUUUUUAAAGGCUUGGAAAUGGGUAAGAAAAGCAUUUGUAGGAAAGUGUGUGGAACUGACUGAAAGCAAGAGGUGGUGUUCAUGGUUCCAUGCCAAAGCAUGAGGGUAACAGGAGCUUUUGUUGAGUUUCACUUCUGCGAGUUCUCAGCACCUGCCAGCUAAAUUCUUCAUUCUACCACAAAGCUCCUCAUCGCUGCUAAGGAUUAUGUAACAUUUCCAUGUUUUUGUACGUGCAUUUCUGUCUCCACAAAGAGAGGUUUGUUCACCAGAGAAACCAUUGCAUUAUAUAACUUUGGACUAAAAGAAUAAACAAGUUACUUCACUGUAAACCAUUCGAUUCUGAAGAAGCUGCUUGCAAAACUGAAUAUGUCAUUUGACAAAUUUCUCUGGAGUUAGAGCCCUAACAAUUUCACCAAUCUCGCCUAUAGAUCGGGGUAUACCCCCCAAUGUACCAGCAUACUAUCAAUGUUACAUUAUAUUGAUGUCACUAUGCCAGCACUGCAGGGAAAUGUAUCCAUGCAGAUGUUUAUUUGAAGAGAAAUUCAGCUGUUUGGCUCUCUCUGGGUUUCACCCAUUUAUCUGAUCCAGGAGUGGGGAAAUGUCUGAUCAGGGGCCAAAUGCCUCUCCGCAUCUGGCCCUCUGGACUCUCUCUAGACUAUAGCUCCUCCUCUGCCACACCUCUGUCUUCCCAAGCCACAACCCCUCACUGUCCCUGCUUCGCAGCUUCCUUGACUUUUUUUGCCCCGAUAUGUCCUUGAACUCUGAUCUUGCUUCUGGUUUGCCUGGAUGAAGGGGUGUGCAAGUUUGUGUAAAAACUAGAGUUGGAAUGCAGCUCAGCUUGUCUUGAAGACUGAUGGGUCUGCCUGGGGAGAAAGUGAAUAGACAGAGAGAAACCUCAAAACAUUUCAAGGUUACUGACCUCAUUUCCUACUUCAUAUUUGUAUGUCUCCUGCUGAGAACAUGCAAGCAUAGGUCCUUGAAUCUCCACCUUAGAAAAGAUCCUGCUUCAAGCACGUAUUUCCUUCAAUAAACUGAGCUUUCCUCGUUUUCCAAACUCGGAGUCUCAAUGGGCUCCUCCAGUAGGGAGGGAUUCAGUGCUCAGUUCCAGCUUCUGCUGAUACAUUUAAAUUUCACAUGCCUUCAGCAGACCUAUUAUACAAAGGUCAAAAAGGGCACCCAUGGCUCUGUCCACUUUUGCCCCUGGGCCUUCUCACCGCCAACUUCUAGGCAUAAGGCUGCCCAGAAUUUGACCCUCAGACUGAAAAGGGCUUUCCCACCCCACUUUAAAUGUUGUUGAACUGCAUCUCCCACCAUUCCUAGCCAGCAUGACCAAUGGUUGUGGAUGAUGGGAGUUGUAGCCCAACGUUUGGAGGGCACCAGGUUGGGAAAAUUUGGUGUAAUCCGUAGGAGAUAGGAUGGAAUGAUUCUGUACCCAGUCUGUAUUCAGACUGGCUGGUAUGAGAAGAAGCUGCUGCCAAGCCUGCUCCUACCUAAAAACAUCAAAGGCCUUCAUAAAGAUAACAUCACACACCCCAGGGCCAUAGACAGCAGUCUUUGGCCAGCCAGAUACCACUGGAAAGUGAUAAGUAAAUUGUGAAGGUCAUGCCCUUUUCCUCUUUGCUUCUCAUCUCACUUCCAGUGACAUGCAUGUUCCUGCUAAACUCAGAGGUGUCAUUUUAGCCAAAGUAUUCAAUAGCCUCAUAGCUAAUAAGCAUGGGGUUGUUAGAAGCUUGACACAGAGUGGACCUAAUGAAAUUAAAAGACCUGCACUAUUCACCUCUAUUCUGUAUGACUUUAUUUGCAAAAGCAUUUUCAUGCUGCUUUUCAGCCCUAACAGGGGCCCCCCAGGGUGGCUGACAAGAAAAGAAAAAUGCCACAAAACCUGUUUAAACCAUAGCAAUUAACACUGAGCAUGAAAAGCCCCAGAGCAAGAGUUUAAAACCUUCCAUCCCAGAUUUAAAAGCAUCAAAAGCCAAGCAGAAUGUUUUUAUUUUCCCCACUCCAUCAGGGAUGGAGCCAGUCUGGCCUCCCUGGAGAGGCAGUUCCAUAACAGGGGGCUGCCACAGAAAAUGUCCUGUCCCACAUUCCCACCCACUAAAUGCCUUUAUCCAAUCCUAUUUAAAGUUACCUUGGGUUGAUUAUUUGUUUAUAUAUCACUUAAUGUCCAGAUAAGCUUUUAAGCCAUUUACACGUAUAAAAAUUCAAUUUUUCUAUGUUGCUUGACCAAGUGUCGACUUCUGCCUCCAGAUCAUUUUCUCCUCCCUUUUUCAUCACAUAGAGUUUCACUGGAAAAAGUACAAAACACUAUAAAUCACCCUGAUAAAGAAAGCAAACCUUCCCACCCCUAGUUGUUUUUGUAAAACAGGGUUGGAUGUGCACACGCACAUGUGCUUUUAAAGAUGCAUGCAGAUGCCAUGUGCCCAGAUCAAAAUGCACACCCCUUUCCGAGGGGCAGCUUGUGACCUAUAAGAUUAAAUUAUCUAAGAAACAUCUUUAUUAUGUUGAACAGUGGAGCAAAGGAACUCUGCUCCCUAACUGACCUCUACUCCCAUUCAUCUGCUGCGCCCAAUACCACCCAUGCACAAAAGCAUAAAGAGAUAUGCCAGGAAGCACAAAGAUGAGCCAGAUACACAAGAGGCAGUAGAGGGAGAAUGUGGCGGGAGGGAGAAAGAUACAGAUGGGCAAUAACAAUCAUUCCCUCUAUAUCUGAUGUUCAAGCUGUGAGAGCUAUUGGUUAUGCGGCCAAAACAGAAACACCCAUGCACAAGAAUCAUACUUUGGGAAACCUAAGCGUUUGCAGAAGUACAAAAAAGUGGGGUGCAUAAGGAAGACUACCACCCCUCAAAUAAACCACUAAGGACCCAGUAUGUUCAAUGGUCAUCUGAAUUAGAUCAUACCACAUGCAGAAAGGCAGAUCUAAAACAGUACAGGAGAUACUUUUUUUACCAGUAGUUUGAAGGUGCAGAUUUACAGCACAAUAUUUGCAUCAUUGCUACCGAAUAAAGAUACUGAAAAUACUAAAGAAGAAAGUAUUAUGUUCAUUGUUGGAACUUUGGAUGGUAUUUUUAAUAGCUAGUCCAUGUGCAUCAGGUAGCGACUGUAUCUCAUGAGUGUAUUAAGAACUGGAAGGUCAUAAGUUCUUCCUUAUUUCUGUCCCCAGUGUAUUCUAAGCUCAACUGCACACACUCCCUGUUUGGGGAGAUUGGCUUUGUUUUAUCAUGUCAAAAAGCAAUUAUCCUGGCUUAAGUCCAGCCCCACCUAUUGACUUCCAAACAUUAGACUCCUUAGCAUGCUCUGCAGCUGCUAUCUUUUCUUAAUGUUUUUCUUUGCUUACACACCUUCCUCUUUCUCCUCAACAGGUUUACUUGCUAGGUGGGAUUCCCAAGCUACUAGAUCUUCUGAGUGUGCCGAAUGAGGAUGUGCAGAGGGCCGCAUGCGGCGCUUUGAGAAACCUAGUCUUUGAAGACAAUGACAAUAAGCUGGAAGUGUCAGAGCAGAAAGGGAUCACGACCCUGCUGAGAUUGUUACGGCAAACCAGAGAUGUGGAGACUAAGAAGCAAAUUACAGGUAAUUAAAACAGCACUGAUGCAUUGGAGUGCCGCCUUCAAAGUGCACAGACCUUUUGUUAACAAAUGCUCUUGAUUGUUACAGACACCCAAGGUCUAAAUGUGGUGCUAUGCUUAGUUUGGGGGAGGGGAUUCCUAGUAUUUUUAUAUGCAUGUGGGAGCAUCAUCCCCAACCUGUAAGCACAUCAGCUGCACAUCACGGUAAGCCAGACUGUGGUUCCCCAGGACUGCACAAGCUUCCAAAAGGGGUUAGGAUUUGCUGCAUCUCAUGGUUGGUGAAGAGAAAGGUUAACCAAGAGUCUGGCUUUGCAUGACACACUGCGUAUAAUCUUGGGUUUGCUCAGUGCAUGGCAAGACUAAAACAACAUAAGGGAGGAUAUGUGCAUGAUACUCCUCUCCAGGAGCCUGAAUGUUCACUCCAUCACAGUAAACCAAAGCUGGCCACUUCAGUCUGCAGGUGGGGGUGCACAUUUUGUGUGUUCUUCAGGAGUGGGGACUCCCUUAACUUAGAAAGCCAGCAUGUCAGGGCGAAAUGUAGCUCCACCACCCAAUUCUGCUGAUUAUAUUUAAAGAGAGGCAAUUAGGUGAAAAAUACUAUGGGAUUACAAUAUUGUGCAUGUUACAUUUUCUAACGGAUUGUUCCUGAGAUUGGGACAAAAUGUUGGAAAGGGGACAACUUUGCCUUCAUUUAUCCCAACUUGUGAAAUAACUUCCAGUGUUCCAGGAAGCUGUGAAUUUCUUGUUCUUAAGCUGAUUCAGGAAUUACUGCAUGAGCAAAGCCCUGAUGUUCUUAACCCAUCAAUUGCAGAUGAUUAAAUAGAGGCCUGUGUAAUAAUGUAACGGCAUUGCACAUGAUAACAGAGAGUGGAAAGGCUUGGGAAAGGAACAGCAAGCCAGAAUUUCCCACUCUCUGAAAUGCUGACAGCCCCUCUCCAGAUUAAUCACCACAAAUUAGGCUGUUGGGGCUGCGGAAGGGGUGGGGGUGAAGAGUCUUCAGAGAAGUUGAUAAUGUUAACCUCUGGUAACACCUCUGCUGAUUUUGUAGCUAGCAUGUCACUGCUCAGGAAUGUUUGUGGAGUCGGGCAGCACGUGAGAGCUAGGAGUUGUCGAAAUCUCUGGUGGGAGGAUGGGUGCCUCUUUCUUGGUGCUUUUUCCGAGGGUUUUUUUUUGAGAAGCCAGCAUGAAAAACCUGCAGGAUGUCUUGCAGAUGUCAGCAGAAAUUCCCUAUAUGAUGGUGGGAGGGAUAAGGUCUGCUUUUCGUAGCUAGACUUCAUUUUUAAGUAGCGAGGCGUCUUAGAUCUUUCCAGGUGCAAGGUUUGCUUUAAUCUCAAGGUUGUAUUGCUCUUUCCUUCCCGGAGCUGUGAGCUCCACCUGUCAGAGAUAACAAAAGUCCUAUUGUUAAAAGCCACGAGGAUAAAAUAUUAGAAAAGUCCUGCUGGAACAGCCAGAAGACCUGCUUAGUCAAGGAUCUAGUUUCCUACAGUGGCCAACCAGAUACUACCGGGAAGCCUACAAGGAAGGGCUUAAAGGCAACAUCACUCUGUUGCGCCUGUUUCCAAUGCCUGGCAGCUUGCCACUCCAUAUAGCCAGCAUGCCUAAUGGCCCGUGGCCUGUUUUACAUGUCACAGCAAGCCAGAGUGGCUGUCCAUGGCCGCAGGAAGAUGCUGGCUGCCAGAGAGGAACUUGCACAUGUUUCACUCCUCCCUGGGCUUUUCAGGUCAAAGCCAGAGGGCAACUAAGCAAAGCGUUUGUCUUGGCAUGUACUGUAAUCUGAACCUGAGAUACAUCUCCUUAACUGUGACCUGUAACCAUAAGAUGAACCUUAGCUACCAGAUUGUGGUUAAGGAGAAGAAACUUAAACCACAACUGCACAAAACCCUAUGCCGAACCUUGACUUAGCUGCAGUGCUGCCCUGACCUAAAAAGCCUAGGGAUGAUGAUGAUGAUGAUGAUGAUGAUGCCACCCAUCAGACUGGGUUGCCCCAGCCACUCUAGGCAUCUCCCAACAAAAAACAGUAAAAGCACAAUGCAACAUCAAACACUAGGUGUGAUAUCCUCUUUGGGAAUAAGCACGUUCAUACUAAGCCAUGGUUUUGGCGCUGCGGGAUGUGUAAACCUUACCUUCCAUGAAUUUGCCUAAUCCCCCUUGAAAGCCAUCUAACCUCCAGUCUUAUCAAGAGUUGUUUACUCAGUCCAACUCUUGUUUUGCCCCACUAAGCAAAAGUAAACUAAGGUGAAAUCCUCUUGCAUGCAUUGGCUUUGUCUUUCCAACAUCCGUCUGCUGCCAGGGAGGGAAGAGGUUCCCUUCUAUUUGCUCAACCAUUGAACAUGAAAACACGUGUAAACAGUGGCUCAUGAAACUGUAGCACUGGAAGGGACCACGAGGGUCAUCUAGUCCAGCCCCCUGCAAUGCAGGAAUCUUUUGCCCAGUGUGGGGCUUGAACUCACAGCCCUAAACUCAGCUCUAGAAACUGAGCUAUGCAAGGAGGUAACAGCAUUGCCACAAUUCAAAGGCCUUUAAGGCUGCAAUCCUGAACAUGCUAGGGAGUAUUUCACCCUGCUGGUGAAGGCAGGUAAUACAUUUAGUAGUUGUUAAUAAUAAUGUGUACAGUCAUACCUCGGGUUGAAUGUGCUUUGGGAUGAGCGCAUUCGAGUUGCGCUCCGUGGCAACCCGGAAGUAAUGGAGCGUGUUACUUCCGGGUUUCAUCGCAUGCGCAGACGCUCAAAAUGAUGUCACGCACAUGCGCAGAAGUGGCAAAAAGUGACACGUGCAUGCGCAGAUGUGCCAUCGCUGGUUACGUUUGCUUCUAGAUGCAAACGGGGCUCCGGAAUGGAUCCCGUUCGCAUCUAGAGGUACCACUGUACUUUAUCACUCUGAUCAGUAGCCAAGGAGUAGGGCUGGCAGAGAUGGAUGUGCUGUGGUAAAUGAGAAGGGUGUCCAUUGUCCUCUGUAAUCCCUUUCCCUGUCACACAAGAAAAAGCAGAAUAAAUUAUACAAAAUGAGGAAAUUAUGCACAUCUGCAUGGUUUAACUUAUGCAAAUCUGCAUGGUUUUAGUAUUCAGAUCCUGGUGCACAUUCUAAGCAAUAGAAUUUUGUUUUUGUUUUCUUAAACACUGUGUCAUGUACACAACUGUGGCUUCAUGAGUCCAAGGGAAAUUCUCAAAUGUAUAUAGUACGUGGAAAUUGCUUUCUCUUCCAUCGCUUAGCAGCCAGGACUACUAAAGCGCCUUUCUCAAGGUCAUACAGAAAGUCAUGAAGCUGUAGCUCCAAGAAACUGGCUUCAUUUCCCAUUCCAUCAGCAGCAAAUGCUUUGCAGGGGUUGAAAGGCACUUGGAAGAGGAGCUACGAGCGAGCGAGUGCCAGGGCUGAUAGGAACCAAAGCUUUCUUUAUUAUGGGGUAAUCUCGGUAGCGACGGAGAGAGGCAAAGCCGAGGCAGCCAAAACAAGCUUUUGAAAGGGAGCCAGCCAAGCCUUCAGGGAGUGUCUAACCUCUUGAUCUUGUCUCAUACUGCAUACAUCUGAGAAAUGGAAGAACAUUCCUUCUGCAAGGAGGAUUAUAGCACAGACAGACAGACCUGUCGUGAAAUAAAACAUGCAUAGGAAAGGCAGCCACACCCAUCUUGUUCUAAGUCUCUUACCAUGGAAAGUCCCAAGGGCUAUGGAAGUCACAUGCAUGCGGUGCAGCUACGUCCCAACGGCCUGGUUCUGCAAGCACCUCUCCCUGCAAGAUUUCCUUUAACACACGUGCCCAUCAGAGUACAGUUAAUUAAGCUAGUUCAUCGACUUCAUCUUUCCGACUUCUUUUUGCAAUUUUGAUCCAUCCCACUGUUCUCCACGUCAGGCAAUGCGGCUAACAUUACACAACAACUUAGCACUUAACAGUGGUUUAGGACAGGGAUGGGGAAUCCGUUGUUGGACUCCAGCUCCCAUCAGACCCAGCCACCAUGGUCAGGAAUGAUGGGCGUUAUAGUCCAACAACAUAUCGAAAGCCACAGAUCCCCCACCCCUGCUAUCUGAAUAGAGCUGCCAACUUUUUAAUCUCUCCCUACGUCUGGGCUUUAGACAGCAGCCGCGAUGUGCAAGAAUUAGCCUGUGAAGUCACUUAGUACCUCUACACUUUGAAGAGCUUCAGCUGUUGCUUCCUACAUAUCAUGCCAGAGUUUGCAGGGGCACACUGAUAAGUUGGCAAAACUAUUGAGGAACUCUAGUUGCGAAAGUGAGAUUUAACCGAGGUCUUUCUGAUUCACAGCUCACUCACUUAACCAUUGAACUGCACUAGUUCCUGGCUUUUGCUUUUAAGUCAGGGGUGGGAAACCUUUGAACCUUCCAAAUGUUGUUGGACUCCCAACAUCCCAGCUACCAUGUCCAGUGGUCAGGGAUGAUGAGAGUUGUAGUCCAACAUCUGGAGUGCCACAUGUUCCCAACUCUUUCUUUACCUUUCUUGGCUCCUACUCUAUAAUACUUCUCAAGUAUGCAAAUUAUUUUACUGUGCUUAGCUCAUUCAAGCUUCCCAUAUUUAUUUUCUGAUAGGUUUCCUGUGAAAUAACUGCUGGACAUGGCAGAUAAGGGAAUGGGAGGGCUUCCAGUUUAUAUCAGUCAUAUUUUAGUCUAACAAAUAGUGAGUUGCUCAGUCAACCACUGAGAUGUACGAUUAAUCAUGUCCAGCCCCCAAAUUCUGUCCACCCCAACACGUUGGCCAUUACACUACCUUCAGUGGGGUUUAUUUACCUUGUUUCUUAGCUUCUGUUGUCAUAACAUGCACAGGUGUGGCAAUAAUGCCAAAGUUGUGCAUACUGCUAUUCCACCUCCCCCACUGAGAUGACAAUGCAAUUACUGUAUCUGCAUAUUACAAAAGGGCGAUUAUCCUUGAGCCAAGGGUCAGAGGAGAAGUUUGGUGCUGAGAUUGAAAUGCCAUCUGCCUUGAGCUAAGACUUUAGGAGAUGUGUUUUGAAAUCUACAGCAGUUAACUGAACAAACAAUAGUUCUCUUUGUAGAGGGGAGCCACUGUGCGUGUGAUAUAUUGCCAGAUGAAACUUGCAAAAUCUAUUUCCAAAAAAAACAAAAAAACAAAAAAACCAGAAAGCACAGCUGUUAAAUCUCUUGCAUUCACAUUUUUAAAUAUGUGCAGAUCUCCAGAUCAGACCCAGGUUUCCUUUUCUCCUUGACACCCAACACAAUGAAAGUAACAGGUUGCUUUCGGAAAGUUUUGACAACCUGGUAGAUCCAUGACCAGAUUGCCAAAGAAGCUCUUCAUGCAAUUGGAGCUUGACUUAGUUUUAUCAAAGAGCCAGGGAAAUGCCUGUCACUACCAGAUGAAGUCCUGUGAAUGGAGAGCCAAUGUUGUUUUCUUGUUCCCUAUGCUUUUUGCAGGUUUGCUAUGGAAUCUCUCCUCCAAUGACCAGCUGAAGAUCUUGCUGAUCCGAGAAGCCCUGCAGCCAUUGACGGAGACUGUUCUCAUCCCUUACUCGGGCUGGCCAGAUAGAGAUUAUACGAAAUCAAGCAUUGUACCUGACCCAGAUAUCUUCUACAACGCUACAGGAUGCCUGAGGUAAGCUGGGUGCAGGGAAAGGGCCUGUCAUUCAGGGGGCAGAAAGUCCCAGGUUCACAGUCUCCAGGCAAGACUCAAGAUGUCCUGAACUCAAGAGCCACUGCUAGUCAAUGUAGACAAUACUAGAGGGACCAAUGUUGUCCAACGUGGUUUGGGCAGCUUCCUAUGAUGUCUUGUGUUUUUAUUCAAACCAUAGUAAUUUAAUUCUUCGUUUAUUUGGUGAAACUGUUCCUAUUUUUAUGCCAUCUUAGACAAUCUGGAGGUUUUCCCACAAAGCACUCUAGAAUUCAUAGAGGAUUUGAUAGCAGCCUGGUUUUUCCUCCUGGGCCAGGUCCCUGAAGGCUAUUGGACACCCCUUGGUGGUUGUUUAAGGGAUCUUAUGCCCAGGCAACCAAGGUCACCACAAAUGGAGAUGAUGCAGGCAAACAUGUUCGCUAGCAGGAAGCAUCGUUGUCUGCAGCCAUCAAGAGCUGCUCUGCAACAGUUUCAGCCAAACACUCAUCAAACGAAAGCAGCACAGCAGAAAGCCCAAAAAGUAACCCAAUUUUACUAAGAAGUAACAAACAAGAAGAAAACAUGUAGGCAGUAUUUGGUCUCAUUCAUUCUCCCAAAGUAUCUAAAACCUGAUGACUUUUAAUAUUAUUUAAUAAUAAUAGUCAAGGCUUCGUACACACUGUGUUGCGCUAAAGUAACUCAAAUUCUUUGCAGAGGAAUAACAGAAAGCUCUGACAGAAGGAGGAUAAUCUGUUGGGUUGCAAAGAAAAGGGGGGACAUCACAGGAGAUUCUGGAAAGACGUUUUGCUCAUUUAAAACGUUUUUAGAAUAAAUAAGGUUUUUAAAAGUGUGUAAAAUGGCCGGAUAUCCCUGCAAGGGAGUGGAUCCUGCUGUUUCCUACCUUAUAUUUUCAGAUUUGUAUUUUUUUAAAAAAAAAUUGUUAAAACUUGGAAGUGUGACACAUGUGUCCCUCUACAUAUUGGACCACAACACUCAUCAUCCCUGGCCCACUAACUCUGCUUUCUGGGGCUGAUGGGAGCUGGAGUGUCACACUCCUGGGCCUAAAUUUCCUCCCUCCUGCCUUUGAUUUCCCUGUCAGCACUUCCUUGCAAUUUGAUCACUAUGGAACCCACUACUCUUAACAUUAGGCUGGGCUUAGCAUGGUUUGUGCUGUCAAAGGUUCAACAUGUGGGCACAGAACAUUGACUUCACGUUUCUAUUUUUCCUCAAGGAAAAGGCAAGGGUCUGCAUUUCCUGCCAGCAAAGGCUUUGGGAGCACUUUGGAUAAUCUAGCAAAAAUUGUGGGUGGGUAUAGAGGCCAGCCAUCAGGAUGUCCAGUCAUCAGAGGGUAGGAUUUCCAUGGAAAAGGUUGUUGUUGCUUCUCAGGUCCUUGAUCCUUGGUUGCACAAGGAAGCAGACCAUGUUUUCUAUUGCACACAGUCGUAGCUGAACGGAUUCAGUUACAUUUGCCUGGCUGUGGGAGUGCUACAAGGCCACUGAUGUAAUUCUGCAAAGAAUAAUUAACCGGGGGGGGGCGGGGAGAGAGAGCAUAGGCUCUUCACUUUAGUAAACUGUAAUAAAACAGAUAUAUGCUUUAUUUCACAAUGGGUGAAUUUCAGUGUCAUAAAAGCUUGCAUUCUAAUUACUGUGUUGUACGGAAUUAAGCUGUAACCUUGACAGUUCUGAACCCUGCCUGUUUUAAAAAGAUCUUUCCUACACCUGCUUCUUAAACUUCACAAAGCAGGCAACUAACUACCAUUUCCCUUAUCCCAGGACCCUCGAAAGCACUGCUGCCUGGAUAUAGCUCAGCUCAGGUUCAAAAGAUCUUCCCAGGGCAGCAUGUCCUACAACGGGGAAAUCCCUUCCUGGCUUCUCCUGAUGUUUUGCUAUUGCAGAGAUGAAAACAUAAGGCAGGAAUAUGGAGGGUGCUUGGCCCUCCAUAUGGACUACAGCUCCCAUCAGCUUUGACAAUUGGCUGUGUUGGGGUUGAUGGGAGGUAUAGCUGAGCAACAUAAAGGUUCCCCAUUCCUUGCUUAAAGGGAUGCUAUCUAAGCUACAGUUUGCCUGCUGCCAGGCACGGGUUUGCUGCAUUGCCUUGUAGGGAGGGCAAUUGUGUUUUCCCUGAAAAUGUUCUCUAUUUCCUUGCUUAUGCACUAAGCAUAUGCGGAGCUGCAGGCUUCUGGAGCACUAAAAAUAUCCUUUUUUAAUGCCAAAUUAACAUUCCCAGAGCCUUUCUACUUUGUGAAGUUAUAUAUGUUGUGGUGUGUAUCUUAAAAGAGAUCUGCAAAAGCUGGUGACAGAGCACACAGGGAAACCUGCUAACAAACAAUUUACCUAACUACUUGUACAUCUGCCAGAUUACAAAUCCCUAAUUAGUUCUUCCUUUUGUAAUAGCUGAUACACUUGCUGCUCAGGUGUUUUUUAAAACCUAUAGCCUGCAGCCUAUAUUGCAUAAAGAAGACUAUCUUGUUGAUGUAAUGGUACAUUAUGCAUAACACACCUGAGCUGCUCUUAAUAAAGGUUUUAGACUUGCAGAGAUAACAGCUGGGCUAAAUUAUUUGACCUGCCUUUCCAGCAAAAACAAAAUUGUAGUAAUUUUCAAUGAGGGUAGGAUGCUCUUGCUGUUAAGAUAAGAUGACAGAAGAUUUUGAAGUUCUUCUUUUACACAGUUUUGCCAAUGCUUUGACCUAUGGUGGUGGAUCUAUAUGGUGAAAUUCAGACCUAUGAAAUGUCUGGGUGAGAGUGACACUGUGCCAUGUCACAUACUGGGGAAUUGCAGAUAUUAGUGUAGUGGCAAAUUUAGAAGUGCAGGCUCCCACACUAGUGGGCCUGGUGUAGCACAACAGCAGAAGUCAUUGGGCAAUGUCACUGCUCCCCCACCCUUUCUGCGCAUGCAUGCUCCUGUUCCUCCAUGAUUUGCCCAUUAAAAUGGCAGGAAAGAACAGGUUGCCUGUAUACCACCCCUAAUCCCAUCAAUUCACACCCACAACUUUCUUGGUUAAUGGAGUUGCAAGCAAAUUUCUGGAGAACAGUUAACACAGAAAUGAGUGCAAGACUUCCACCAUAUUUCCAGAAGUAGGUUUUACAUCGUGUGAAGACUCAAAUAUAAUACGGAAAGUAACAGUUAGGGAAACAGAACAAAUUGCCAUGUGAAUGCAGCCAUACACGCAGUUUAUUGUAGGCAGAAUUUGUGUAAGUCUUCAACAAGCUCAUUAAAUAGUAAAACCAAUUUUGUUAGAUGGUUAGGCAACAAGCAUGUCCCUUUUGAUUUCACUCGCCUUGCCUACCCAGGACACAAUGCCUGUGUGUGUGUGUGUGUGUGUGUGUGUGUGUGUGUGUGUUUCUCCCUCAGCUAUCAACACAGCUGCUGUUAUAGAGGCCCAGUACCUGAUUUGCAGGAACACGCCUCUCUGUGUACACAGUUAUCAUUUCCUCAUUUCUACAACUGAUAUUGGAGCGAAGUUUGUGAAUGGCACAACAAAUACCAGUUUCUUAAUUAUAUACUGCUCCUCUCAAGGUACAUCAAUAUGUUUAUCCCAGGGGUAGGCAACCUGCAGCCCAAUCGCCUUCUCAAUCCGGCCCACGGACGAUCUGGGAAUCAGCGUGUUUUUACAUGAGUAGAAUGUGUCCUUUUAUUUAAAAUGCAUCUCUGGGUUAUUUGUUGGGCAUAGGAAUUCGUUCAUUAUUUUUUUUCAAAAUAUAGUCCGGCCCACCACAUGGUCUGAGUGCAGUUUUUUAUUGUUGAGCUUGCUUCACUUUCCAGCUGUGGAAUAAAUUUGGGAAGCAAAGUAAACUUAUUUCCUUAGACAUUCAAAGGACUAGAUAGACGUUUGACAUUUUGCCUUUGUUGUAGUGUUUGUGUUAAUUACUGCAUAACUGGCAUUGUGUCCAACACAAGGCUUUCUGUUACACUAUAAACACUGAAGAAUCUGAUCUUCUCUUUGGCAUGAAAUAUUCAUUCAAAUUGGAGGGGUUUAAAUUUUUUUAUUAAGGCUUACCUCCUUAAAAUGUUAUGCCUCAGCUGUUAAACAAGCCGAUUUACACAAAGCAAGUCCUGCUCUUUCCCUCAUGCUCAGAUCUCAACAUCUUUGUUCUGUGGCCAAAAAAGCAAAAACAAAAGUACCAGGAGAGGCUGGGAGUUGUAUGCCAUCUUCCAGCUGCUGAGUUGGGUAACAAAUGUAAGCUACUAAAAAAGCACGUAGCGGCUUGUUCACCAUAGCACAAGUCCAGUUUUGAAACAUGUGUGAUAGAUAUACAUACCAGUAAGUCAAACUCCUCCUUUUCAGCCCUAUGUCUCACAUAUCCCCACAUCACCAGGUGGUACCAUCUGCCUUGUUAAAAAAAAAGGUGGCAUAACACUGUUCCAGGGAUUAGAGGAGGGUAGCGUGUUUGUGACGUCACAGAUGUUAGCCAAUAUGUGCUGUUCGUGGCUCAGCAUUUCCCAUUCAAGCUGAACCACCCAGAAAAUCAGCAGAACCAUUGUAUUUCCAGAGCCAUGCCCCCAGAGAGAGAAAUGCACGUGUUGCAGAGCAGCAGGGCCACUGUCAAUAUCUCUCUUCUGUAACUGCAGCUACUCACUUUGUUUUGAAAUCCGCCCACUGCACUGCUCUUCAAGCAUCAGUGCUGAAAACUCCAUCCCUAUCGUUUUUGUUUUAUUUAGCUCUGGCAUACCUACAAAACUCUCUGUGUGUGCAUGAGCAAGGCCACGGCAAACAUGCUACUGUCAACAGAGCUUGCAAACUGGCAAAAGAAAGAACAUGUUCUUUCCAGCAGGCAUCUCUGUGUAAAACAGAGCACAGUGGUGGCUGCUUUUGGGCUAAUAAUGAUCUGGAAGUUUAUAGAGAGGAGACAAAAAGUCCUCAGGCAGUGUUAGGAAGUACAGUUGUACCUUGGAUCCUGAACGCCUUGCGAGUUGAACAUUUUGGCUCCCAAACACCGCAAACCCAGAAGUGAGUGUUCCGGUUUGCGAACGUUCUUUGGAACCCAAUUGCAGGAGCCAGUCAGAAGCCACACUUUGGUUUCCGAAUGUUUUGGAAGUUGAACCAACUUCCAGAACGAAUUCAGUUCAGCUUCUGAAGUACCACUGUAACUAGGCAAGGGCUGACUGAGAGGGAGAGCUCAGGAACUUCAGUUGGUUCAGAAUGCAGUUUUUGCUGGGGCAGGAGAUCAGAAGACACUACUCUGAUCCUUUAUCAAGGCUUUCCCUCUUGUUAACUGUAAUUACACCACACUUUGCCAUUUGUUAAAAACUACUGUUUUAACUUGCUUUAGUGAUGUAUUUUGCCUUUUUUUAUUCAUGGAUUCACUGAUGUGAGAUUCUGAUUUCCCACACACACACAUUUUUUAACCUUUAUUUGUAAAGAGGUAAGCCAAUCAACAGGAGGCUGAAGAAAAAAGUUUGUUAGUUUCAUAUUUUCAGCCCAAUCCUAUGUAUAUUUACUGAUGAAUACACUUUGCUAUUUUCAAAAGGGAUUGCUCCCCUAUAAACAUGGAUUGAAUUCUCAAGAGGACAUUUUGCAGAUAACAUGAUACCUGUUAGAUACAUGCUUGCUUUAAUAAAACACAGGAAAUAAGUUCAAGUCACCAAUUAUACACUAGUUAGGUACUUUAGAGUCACAAGGAGGCAUAAACAGCUUUCCUAGAGGGGGUGUGGCUUCCAAGGCACACUGUGGCAUAUGUGGUGACCUUGCCCUAUGGUGGAAGCUUUGGGGGAUUUAAUUAUAACUAGAAUCAACCUAAGAACUGACUCCUUCAUCGAGAUGGAUCCUAAAUUGUGUGUAUUUUCUUUGUGCUUAAAUAGAAGGCUGCUGUAUUGUCUGCUGUAUGUUGCAUCCAUCGUGCUAUGCAACUUCCAAUGGUACUUGCACAUUGACUAGUGAAGAUCUUUUGCAUAAUAAUGGAAAGCAAAAAUAUGGACCAAAUUGCUGAAAACAUGCCUGUAGAUCCUAUGUAUUAUGGUAGGAAAAUUCUUGCUGUUUCUGGCCUGUUAGAAAUUUUAAAGGAGCUUGGAUCAGGAUAACCACCCAAGACACAACAGCGUUUGGAUGAGUUAUAACUUUAACAACCCAAUUCUUGGGAAGGUGUGCCUAAGCUCAUUGACUCCAGUGAGCUUAGGUAUGCCUAAGUCUGCACAGGGUCAGGCUGCCCAUCUAGGGUAAACAACACAGCUCUCAUCUUUACAGAUUGCAUCAUCAGUGCAAGCAAAGCACUGCAUUGGCGUUCCCUGCUGGCUGUUUGAAGAGCUGAUUUCCUCCUGUAUAAACCGGAGCAUUUUCAGUGCUGAGUUUGCUUUCCUGCCUUUUAAGUGUAUUCUUAAGUAGCAACUGAAGUUGGAGCCCUUCUGCACAGGGACUAGCACCCUCUGCUACAGAAACAGAAACCUGUCAUAGAGCUGAAGCUGAUUGUACAGCAUCCUUGUAACCAAUUUUAUUUCCCUUUUUGUAGAAACAUGAGCUCUGCUGGCCCUGAAGGGAGGAAAAAGAUGAGAGAAUGUGAAGGGUUGAUUGAAUCGCUGGUGUAUUAUAUCCAAGGCACCACCGCAGACCACCAGCCAGAUGAUAAGGUAAGCUUUCCAAAUGAAGGGGUUUUCUGAGUCUCUAGGACAGAAAUAACCAAGGUGGUGCCCGAUGUUGAUGGCCUACAACUCCCAUCAUCCCUCACCAUUGACCAUGCCGGCUGGGGCUUAUGGGGAUUGUGGUGCAGCAACAUCUGGAAGUCACCAGAUGAGGGAAGGCUGCCCUACUCAAGAUCCAAAGCUGACCUGAGACAUUAAAUGUUUGGGGCACUUUUCACCUGGGCUACCACUGGAGAAAAUCAAGACAACAAUGCAAUGUUCUGAAAUUCUAAGGCCAGACAUCUAAGUUACAAAAGUGCAUUGCAGAUCUUUAGCGAUUGCAUCCAGUUAUUUACACAGCCAGAAUAAUGCACGUUUGUUUUCCCUUCCAGGCCACGGAGAACUGUGUGUGCAUCCUUCACAAUCUCUCCUACCAACUGGAGUCCGAACUCCCUGGUAGCUAUGCACAGAAUAUCUACAUGCAAAGAAGAAACGUUCCUACUAGCGACAGCAGCAUUGGAUGCUUUGGUUCAAGGAGCAGGAAAGCGAAGCAGGUAAUAGAGGGCUGUUAUUUGGGGGAAGGAGCUUCAAGCAGCCUAGUGUGCAGAGGACACGUUUUGUAUGCAGAAGUUCCCAUUUCCAGGUAGAGUAGGGCUGUGGAAGAUCCUCGUCUGAAACCCUUUAAGAGUGCUCCUGCCAGGCUUCUCCAGAAGCAUCUGCUCUGAAGGUAACAACAUCCAGAUCAGGGGGAGAGGUUCAUGGCAGCUCCUGCCACAGCUGACAAUGUGUUUCAUUGAUUCAGCUGCACAGAGCGAGGGGGCUGGUGAAAGGACAGCCCUACCUUUCAGUGAGGAAAUUAAAAUAGACAGCCUUGUGGUCCUUUCUGAUGCUGUGAUGGACUCACAGACAAAAUGGUUCGGCUUAACGUCUAGUUCCUGCUGAGCCUCAUCCUGCAAGGAUUUUCAGACAGCCUUUCACUCUGAUUCAGGGUUACUGAUUUAGGAUUGCAGCCCAUUGUUAGCCCUGGGUUCCUUUUAGUUAGAUCCAGAAAGGUGAGCCUUACUGGGGGCGGGGGGUUAACUGUUUUGUUUCUUGUGGUUUAAUGCAUCUGCAUGUUUAGCAGCAGCAGGACCUGCCGCUCCCUGAGGAAAAGAGCAACCCCCGAGGUGUUGAAACCCUCUGGCAUUCCACCCUGAUAAGGAUAUAUCUGUCCUUAAUAGCAAAAAGCACAAGGAACUUUACCCAGGAAGCAUCGCUGGGAGCUUUGCAGAACCUCACAGCGGGAAGUGGACCUGUAAGUAGAAAGAGAGGGGAUUUCCCCUUUUAUUUUGCUUUCCUUUCAGCCCCUCCCCUGUAGUUCAAUAUGUUUUUGAUGACCUCAUGAGAGGGAUUUACAGUUUCCUGCUGUAUUGGCUCUCAAUACAGAGAGCCAGUGAGGUGUAGUGGUGACAGCACUGGGCUAGGACCGGGGGGAGAACUAUGUUUGCCUCCUUGAUCUUCCAGUAAAUAUCAUCUGAAGAAAUGCUUUUCACGUUUUUCAGUAAAGGAGAUCUGAUUCUAAACUUUUAGGGCCAGAGUCGGGGGUUGGAAUUGUUGGGCCCCCAUCUCAACAGGAAGCUCCACUGCUGAUUGCCGGAGCUCCCUGGUGCCGGUGGUGGUCCUCUCUUGCCAUGGCUACCUAUUCACCCACUCCAUCUCUCUGCCUCCAGAGGGAUAGGACCAGAGAACAAUGGAAGAGAGGGAGCAGAAGGAACAAGAGCUGCCACCAACUCAUUUGUCUGCCAUUUUCUCCCUAGGCAGCAGUGGAAGAUUGUUACUAGAAGCAGAGGCAGAACAGGGCGGCAAUUGCAGGAAAGAAGAGAAGGUGGCCCCUUGCCUAACAGACAUGCACACAAACCUGAGGCCAUCACUGUCCCCUGUGCUGUGCAUUAUAUAUAUAUAUAUUUCUACCCCGUCCUCUUUCAAAGGAGCUUCAGGUGGCAUAUGUUUUUGUCCUCACAAUAACCCUGUUCAGAGUGUGAGAUUUUGACCAGCUUCGGCCCAUCUGAAGCUGAUACAGGCUCGUCUUAUCUUGAGCCCAAGCAGAGUAGUCCACACAGCAGAAGGAUAAGCAGUAUGUGCCACAUUCUUAACUUUAUUUCCACUCUAUGCUGAGAGAAUACAAACAUGCAUCUUGCCUCUGUGAGAGCAGAGAAGCAACUGUCUCUCUAACAAAGAAACCGAGAGAACAGUGAAAAACAGGAAACCAGUGUACAUCACAUCCAGUCUCCCAUUCCCGUGGGAAUCCAACAGUAACUCUGACUGUGGAAUGCAAAACAAUGUCUUGUGACUGCAGUUGCUGCUCAGUGAGGGAAAUAGAAACCAACACAAAGAAUCUGUGAUCCUCCAGAUGCUCCCAUCAGCCCCAGCCAAGAUGGUCAAAGCUUAUGGAGCUGUAGUCCAGCACAGGUUCCCUAUCUCUGUCCUAGUCUGAUAUACUCCUCCAUGCUGGAUCUCGCAUCAUUCUCCUGCUGUGCCGUUGCCACUUAACUCUGCUCUCCAAUGUUAGUUGAGCAGCAGCCAUCAGUUCUGCUGCAUCAACCAAAGAAGUUUCUUCUGAGACCAGCUGCACUAUUUCUGACCAGGCUAUUCCCUUUCCUUAUCUGCUGCGUGUAGGGGGCAGGCGGUAAUAUUGUUGCGGGAGCAUCUUGCAAAGGCUGAAAUGGAACUGGGACGUCCUAUUAGGUGUCUAGCACAGCUCUGGAACUGAAUUAGCUCUAAUGUCUCUCAGUGGCAUGCAAUGAAAUUAUAAUUGGUUUAGACCAGUUUAGCUGGCGUGGCUGCACCCCAAAAGAUCCUGGGAACUAUAGUUGGAUAUGGGAGCUGAGAAUUCCUGUCUCUUACCAUAGAGCAGAAGCUGUCCUUGGGAGAGGGAAUGGUUUGUAAACCUGCUAAGUCUAUGGUGUAGACACAUUUGAACAACGUAGUGUCCUCCAGAUGUUGGACUACAACUCCCAUCAUCUCUGACAACUGGCUGUGCUGGUGGUUUCACUUAUGCCUGAAGAAGCUGUGUGUGUUUUCUGACAGAUGCCAUUUGGAGUAGCCCAAGUCAUUGUCAAGAAGGCCAACGGCCUCCCAAGUAUUCGAAACAUGCUGCAUGUGAGCUGUCCAAGUGUUAAGAAAACGGCCGUCUCCUUGCUCAGGAACUUGUCUCGCAACACCUCGCUGCAAAAUGAAAUAGGUAAAUAAAUGUGCAAUGACUGGCCAAAAUUACUUCACUGUCAGAUUACUGUUAAAUGCAUUGUAAGUAUAUAAAGAAAGCUGAGCUUGAUGAAAAUCCCCUUCCAUUAAUAAUAGGAAUAAUAAAGGAUUGCCUUAAUAAACAAUCACAGCUGCGUGUGUGGACUUCAUUCAUCUUAAUGUUUUCUAUCUGGGAUGAUAAUGGAACUUCAGUCUGUGUUGUUUCAUCUGUGAUGGUUGUUUCCAUUAGCUCUAUAAUGGCAUUCAAAUCCUGUUCACACUAGGGAAUCAAGAUUGGACUGGCACCACUUCUGCUGUGCCCCACUCCAGAACAAAUAAUCCCGGCACAUUUUAAAGUCUAUAGAUGGUUUAAUCAGUCAAGAGGAACGUCUUCACCUGGCACCUAAAUAUAUGUAAUGGCAGUGCCAGUGAACCUCUCUGGGGAGAGCAUUCCACAAGCAGGGAGCCACCACAGAAAAGGCCCCCUCUCAUGUUGCCACCCUCCAGACCUCUCGUGGAGGGGACACAUUUAAAAAGUCCUCGGAUGAUUGCAGGGGGCCCUCCUACUCAUCCUAGUGAGUGGGGCCCUAGAUGCACAGUGGAUCACUGGUAAAUGGAAGCCAACCUCUGGAUAAACCUAAUGAAAAGUGUCAUGCCUCAUAAAGUUUUUAUGCAGUAAGCAUCUUAAAGAAAACCCCAUCUAAAGUGCUUUGCAAAUUAAAAAUGCUGAAUAUUACUUGCUGGAUACCGUUUGAGCAGACAGCUGCAGAGCUUUAAACUUGAGGAUUCUAAGGGCACAUCAUGUUUCACCUUCCAGCCAGAGAAGUGUUGCCAGAUUUGGUCGCCGUGCUUCCAGAUGCUGCCCCAACCUCUGACAUUGCCAACGAGACCACGGCUUCCGCUUGCUAUGCUUUAUACAACCUGACUCAGAACAGCUCCCAGAAUGCUCGGCUUCUCUUGAACUCUGAUGGCAUCUCAAAGGUUCUGAACAUCAGCUUGAGUGACAGGUGAGCCAUUUUCAUAUAUACCUGCCCCCCAAAAAAGCACAAAAUAAGCAGUGUCCCCAGCAUUGCCCUGCUGUCCAGAGAUCCCUGUGUGGUAUCCCUGCAGUGCUAAAGAACUACCUUGUUUCAGGGCAAUGCUUGGCAUGCUCUGUUCUGCGCAAUUAUUUGCUUAGGUUGGCAUCAGCAUGCAAUUGAGUUUAGUGAGUGGUUUGAUUGAUAUAAAACAUUUCAAUACAUUUCAAGAGGUUGCACUCGAGUGAUAACUACAUUUCCUUUAUUACUGUUUCUACUUGCAGUUAUGUGGUCCAGUUACUAUAUCCCUUUAUUUUCUUACAGAAUCACUGGCAUUGUAGACCUAGUUCUCAAACCCAUGCCAGUGUUGUGCCAUUUGGAACUUUUAUAUAUUCCUAAAAUGCAUCCAUUUCAAUCUCCCUCCACUGGAAAUAUUUUAUUCUCUCAUUCCUUCUUGUCUUCUCUUUCUGCUUUACCUUUUUCUUAGCCACACUUCUUUACCAUGGCAUUUGAUACUAGAGAGAGACAGAUAUUAAUUCCUAUCCUCUUGAGUAGGGUUAUUUGCUUUCAACUGAUUUUUAAACUGUAUUUUUAAAAUUGAUGUAAUCCACCCUGUGAUCUCAUGGUGAACGAUGGAUAAGAAAUUAAUUAAAUAUAUAACAACAACAACAACAACAACAACAACAACAACAGCAGCAGCAACAAUAAUGGGGAUUUCAUCUAACUAAACCCAUUGAAGUUAAUGGAAUCUAAGUUAAUCAUGUAUAUUUAACUUCUCUGUUUUGCAUAACUAGCAUGGGAUACAACCCAAUAAUAAUUGUCCCUUUUAUUCUUGAUUCUGUUGGUGGGGAGCAAGGGCUUUUCUGUGUCUUAUUUUCCCCACAUUUCUUCUUUGUUACACUCCCUCUGUUGCUCUCUGUUGGUUUACUGCAGCAUGUGCUCCUGCUCUUUUUCUUUUAAAUAUCUUCACACUUCCUUCUCUAGACUCUCUUUCCCGUUUGCCUUCUCAUCAUCUUGAUUCUGCCAAAAUCCCUUCCUCCUUUCUAAACCUCAGGUUAUUAUUUGUAUUUUGUGCCUGCUUCACCCCUUCUCCAACUCCUUUCUCUUUGGCAACUCACUGCUUCCUGAAAUCCACCUUAAAGACCUCCUCCUCCUUCUUCUGUAUAUACCUACACAGACAUUGAGUUCCUCUUCAGGGCUUGGUUCAAGGUGCCCUUGCCAAGUGAAAUGAGGUGAGCAAGUACCAAAUUGAAGGUCUUCUUGGGGUUAGUACCUCGGCUAUACAACAGCCUCCACAGAGAGGCUCACCUGCUGCUUUAUCCAUGGUCUUUUUAGUGACAGGUGAAGGAAGACCUUUUUAUUCACCUGGGCUGUGAAUAAACUAUUUUAUACCCAGGGAAUGGGCAGCUGUUUAAAUUUAAUGAGCAUUAAACUAAUAAUAAUCUACAUGUCUCAUUCCUUGUGCUUCUUUCCUUUCCUACCUUUUAACCUAGAUUCCCUCCCUCUUCAUUCCCCCUUUCUGUUGUGUACCUUCCUGUGUAUUUUUGAGACUCAAUGCCCCAUGGCCAAGGUCUGUUCUUUUUAACUUAGCUGAGCUGUUUUGCAAAUAAUGCUGAUUGCUGUUGUUGUUAUUAUUCUCCUCCUCAGCAAAGCUGGCAGAGCUGCUUCCAUCCUCUUGUAUUCUUUGUGGUCUCAUGCCGAUCUCCACAGUGCCUACAAAAAGGUAAGCUGUCAUCUAGCUCUGGGGCAAUAACCUUCCUGUUGGUCACAGUUGUUGUUUUUCAAUUGAUUUUAAGUAUUACAGGUCUGUUUGCAAAGUCAGUUCUCUAACAGCGCAAUCUUAACCAUGUCUACACUUAAGUAAGUCCUUAUUGGAUUCAGUGGUGCUUACUCCCAGUUAAGUGUGUUAGGAUUGUAGCCUUAGUCUUCAAGAGACAAGCCAGUGACACAUUUUCUCUAAUUUAAAACUUCAGUUUAAAAGUAUAAUCAUUAAAGAAAAGUUCAGUGUUUCAUAAUAAAAUGAAGCAGUUUCUUCUCUGAACUUUUAGUCUGUGUUUUGUACCAAAAAGUAAUAAAGGUAGUCCACAUUUCAUUAAAAGUAUUAAUUUCCUGUCUCCCUUUUCUUACCCAAAUAUCCUGCAAGUUCUCCAGAAAGCUGUUUGCCUAGUAGUGUUUGCAUAUCUUCCUCCAAACCACGUGGUCAGCUCUGUAGAGAAGUCUGAAACAAACAUCGUUUUCUGCAUCAUGCACAGAUCCAUCUUGCCCAAACCACCUCCGCUCCAUGUGUUCAUAGAUGACCCUGGGUUCUAAUAUUGUGAAAGCAGGAGAAUUUAAACUCUUUUGGUUUAAUCUCUCUUAUUUUUUUCAUUUACAAGGCUAACUUUAAGAAGACUGAUUUCAUCAAUAACAAGACAAUAAGAGCCUACAAUUCACUGAAAGACUGAAAAGUAGGCAACAAAGACCUUAAGGACCGAUGAGACCAUGCAGGAAAUGGUAUUACCAUAUCUUCAGCAUUAACUCACCAGCAAGAGCUGCACGGCAUCCUCCAAGAGACUGAUUUUAUACUUCCCAAAGGAUAACCAGAAGAAAGUGCCCCCUCCCUUCCCAGAUAAUCUCUGCCUUACACCACUGCUUCUUAUUCCUUUUGAACUCAAGACUCAUUUGCAAAUCCUGCGGCCGUUCAAGUUGCAUCAAAGUAAAUAAUUUGAGUACCAACUUUGAUAUUUACAACCAUUCACACAUUAUAUGUUGGCCCGCUUUUGGAGAAGGAUCAACUCAGUAUCCUGGUUUUAUAUUAUGAGAAACUAAAUAACCAAAGAAAAUGGGAUUUCAGAAAUUUCUAUGAUUUUUAUUUUUGCUUGCUGUUUUUUGCUAUGCCUAACUACUAAUCAGUGCUUCCUACAAAACUGCCCUAGUCUGCCAGAUCUGUUGAAAAAUGGAGGCAGAUUCUUUAUAGACUGCUUUUGAAACAUUUUCCUGGGCUGUUGUGGGUUUUUUUAGCGUAAUGCUCCAAUGGCCAUUGCUGCAUAUGUGUGUGUGUGUUUUUGCUAAAACCUAACUUUCUAGCAAUGUGGAAGUGAAAGAAUGUACCAAUGGAGCUAUUUUUAAAAUGCCUGUGAACUUGGGGGUUCCCCUUUUGUAUUUCUUUUAGACAGCCACACUUGUGAGUGUCCCAAAUCACAAGACUAUUCAGUUUGAGAACUCAACCAAUUCAUGUUUCGUGUGUGAUUAUUUCUUCCCUUUUCCUUAAGUUUGCCAGCUGGACAGGAAAAUGUCCUGACUUGCUGCAGUAGCUUGGUCUGCAAAAAAUCAACCAGGGAUGUUUAUCACAGCAUAGAGAUAGCAUCAUCGCUUGCUAAAAGAGGUGCUCAGAUGACCUGGCUCACAUGCUCAGAGAAUGGGCAGGCCAGGAGGGGCACAGGAACUAGCCCUGCUCCCUUCUAGCAAAAUGUUUACCAGCCACAUCC